AUGAUGUAUUUCGAUUUGUCUUUGCCAACUUUGCUGCUGUUAAUUAAUUUUGACAGUGGUAACACCGGGGCUACUGGAACGAAAAAUAAUACUGCGGCAUUGCAAGCAUCCUUGUGUAAGUUUUUUUUCAUUAUUUAUAUUUUAUACUAUCGUUUUAAUUUUGUAAAUUACGUUUAAGGCGCAAAAGCUUUAAAGCCAAAUUACAAAAUACUAUUACAGUACAUCACUAUACAUGGAAAUCAACUAAAACAAUUUGUUUUUAAUGUGUGUUCACAUUAAUUCUAAAUAAUAAACUUUUACACAUUGUCGUAGCAAUCAUAUCGAAUCUAAAUUAUACUAAAUACAAUUUAUUAUAGACAUUAUUUAUUUAUACAUUUAUUUGAAUAUAUAUAUAUGUAUGGGAGGAGCAUCAAAACUAAUCACGUAUCUCAUAAUACACAUGCAAACGCAAGAGGGGAAAAAAAAUGAAAAGCACUUUUUGACAAUAAUAUUCGUGUGACGGUAAUAUAAAAUUACCUAUACUUACUAUAAUGGCUCGUAAUGUAUACACGAAAUUGCUUUUGGAGAAUAAGUAAUUGCGUAAGGAAUUAUUGUAUUAUUAGUUCAAAAUUGCCGUAUCUACAUAUGUCAUAAAAAAAAAUAUUAUGGAUUACAUAAUAGUCGGUUGAAGAAUAUCGUUAUAUGCGUUAUGUCGUGAUGCAUUAGGCAUUGUUGAGAUCACAGAAAAUAACAUAAUACGUAAGAUGACAGCUCAGAUGAAUUUGAAUAGCCGGCCGGUAACCUUUGAGUAGGCGAUUCAAAUGGUAUUAUCUAUGGUGAUACCGUGAUGGGAUGGAAUUUUAUAUUUUGACAGUUCGGACGAAUGCUUAAUAAUUUAUUAAAGUCAGAAUAUUAUAAAUGAUUCGUGCAAUACGUAUUAGGCAUAACUGUCCACCAUUUUUUCAGUAUUUGGUUAUAAGGAAAUUAUACUAAACACGUAUAGUAUGUUUAAGGAUGACGUUUGUAUCUUAUUUUUAAAAAAAAUUUCGUUGUUUGUUUUGUUAAAAUUCGUAUUUCAAAAAAAAAACAAAAAUACACACAUGUCCAGAUGUAAAAUAAGCUGACGAAAUGCAAAGAAGCGUUAAUUUCAUAAAUAAAUAACGUUUUAUACUCGUUGUAUAAAUGUCAACACAUAGUAUUGGUCGUGAUCAGAUUCUGCAGGAUCUAAAAUCAAAAUUCUUAAUCAGGAUAAUAUUUGUAUAGGGUCGAUUUGAGUUGUUAUUUGUAUGUUGUGUAUUUGUGUAAACAGUCAAACUUGGUAGGUAUCUAAUUAUUUAAUAUGUUAAAUAAUAUACUAAAUACCCUUGUAUCUAUUUAAGCAGAUUAUAAUUCAUAUUAGAAGGGAAUUUAUUCAAAGUACUUAAAUCAAUUAUUUGUUUUAUCAAGAAAAACGCACUUAUUAUGUGAUGGGCAAAACGUCAGUAAGACAAACAAUGUAAGGUAUACGUACAUAUAUGUCUUUUUUCAAAUAUAAUAAACGAUACUUUUGAAGUAAGAGAAAAAUUCUUUUCCGAGUAGAGGUAAAGAAGAAAAAGAAUGGUACCGAAAAGUUAAAAAAUGAGAUUCACUGACAGGUGUUGGGUACUUGUCAUUUUUCAUUUAUUCCAAUAUUCAGCUGGGUAUUGAACAAUAGAACACUUGAAAAAUUACUUGUCUUCUGUAAAGUUCUUCCUGUAUUUGGUUUGACAACUAUAAAAUUGUUGCAAGACAUUUAUAAGCAUAUGUAUUAACUGUUCGAAAAUGGGGUUUUACCAAAAAUUAUCAUAAAAUCGAUAGGUAGCUUUCUUGGUCUAAGUUCGACAAAGUACGAGUAUGUAUGUGAUAUCGUGUAUACGAUCGAUAUUAUUAUUAUAUCAAAUAGAUAACCGUGGAUUACCCCACGGGGAUACCCGGAGAUUCCCGAGUGGGCCGGCCGUCGCAUUAUUACUUUCGGACCGCCGCGUUUCGAACAAAAAUAUUUUAAAAUGUUGUUCAGAAAAAUCAACAUUAUGACGUGGGCUGAUUGUCCGGUAAAUUCAAAGUUCUAUCAAAACAUAUUUAACGUGAAGGAAAUCGUUUGUGUAAACUACAACAAAACAAAUCGACGUACCAAUCGAUUCCAUUGGAAACAUCUAUAGGUUUCGUUAUGAUUUUACCGUUUUUCGUGAUUUUCUAAAAGGGUAUAAGCGAGUUUAAAAAACCGUUUUUUUUUUUUUUAACGAUUCUGUUUAUCUGAAUUCUAAACAAUUUGGGAAAAUUUAAAAAAAAGUUAAGAGCGCACGGGUACAUAGUUCUAAAUAUGACCCAAUCGAGGCUUGUAUGAGUACGGUGCGCGGUAUUUCAUUUAUUUUCGGGGAAAUAUUUCUUAUAUUAGACUAGAACUUAGGCUCGUGUGUUUAAGAAAGUGCGUUCAUGCGAUUAUUAAAAAUGCCCAAGGCGUUUGCCGUUGAUAAUGUAUAAAGUACCUAUGUCAAUUGAACAAGAGAUUUUCCUAAAAACACUGUUUUCCAUUUAAUUUCAUUGGAUUUUGGUGCGUCACCAUUGUAGUAUUGUUUUUAUUACUAUCCUAGUGAAAUCACCCGACGGCUGCAGUCUAUAUAGGUAGGUAGUUUAAACGUUCGCACGUGCAAGACGUAAAAUAUACGUCUGUCAGUAAUGGAAUCGGCUAUAAAAAGACAAACAAGACAAGGCGACCGUAAUACGCUAUACGCGUGCCAUUGGGAUUUGCUUGGAUCUCUUUGAAAACAUUUGAAUACAUAAUAAACUAUUACCUCGUAGAAUGCUAGCUAGCGAUGGUUACUGUUUAUUUAUUUGUGUGUGGCAGGAUUAUUGUUAAGCGUUAAUGAUAAAUACCGUAUUAUUAAAUGUAUUUGCCAUUAAAUCAUUUUUAAUUUUUAAUUUAAUUUAAUACAUUUUAUUCAGAUUUGAAUUGCGUAAUACAGGACUAACUAAUAAAUUAGUAAUUAUUAAUCCAACCCUGCAAUCUUCCGUUGGACUGAAUAAAGAAAUUAAUCGAAUCAGUACCUAGUUUCAUAGAUGACCGCCGUGUAUCUAACUAGUGGCUUGUCCAGAUAUUUUAAACCGGAGGGAAUGUGGUAAAUAAUUAUCGUGAAUAAAUCGUAGAAGCUUCUCUUUAGGUAUCCAAAUCGACGAUGGAUAUUUUAAGUCGGAUACAGAAGAGUAAAUUUUUAUUUGAUAAAUCAAACUUUUUCUUGUAGGCGUAAUUUAGCCGAAGUAAGUUGAAAUAAGCUGAAAUAGGAAAAAUGUUCAGGAGGCUGCUAGAGGUUUUCAAUUUAAACAUACAUAAUUUACACCGACUAUAAUUAUUUAAUACUUUCCAGAUGUAGUGCAAUUUUCAUAAUACUUUUUUGGGUUAUUUAUAAUAACUGUGUGUUUAAAAUUUCGAGUUUUUUUUUUGAUUUUAUACACAAAUUACCACGUUUUAAUUUACUUUUAACAGCGUUUUUAAGAUUGAAAUUUAGUUAGAGCUGUUGGAUGGCGGUCCUUUUAAAAACUCUCUAACAAUUUUUUUAAAUAUUUUUAAGCGAUUUAUUUGGUAAUUUUUGGACGUUUUCAAGCGUUUUUUUUUGUGGGUUUAAAGGACAUUAAGUCCCGAGCCCGGGUCGUAUGCAAUGCGUAUUUUUUAAUUUAACAAAGAGUUUGAGUUUGCGCCACCCAAUAUAUAUUUUCCGAUCUGUUCUUUAAAUUUAAUUCAAAAUUAUUUCGGACAUAUUUUAAUAAAAAUAUUUAAAACAUAUAUAUAUAUAUAUACAUAAAUUAUUUUAAACAAAAAAUAUGCAUAUGAAUGAUAUGAAUAAUAUAUAAAAAAUGUAAUAUUUCUAUUAAAAAUAAAUACAAGUACAUCAUUCGUCUAUGUCUAUAACUGAAUAAAAAUAUACGCAAACGUAUAUUAUGAUACAAACAACAUAUAUGAUAUGUAUAGAAUACAAAUAUUUGUCUUCGAUAUAUUACGGACGACCGAUGAGUUUUUUCUCUUGAUAUUGUAUUUACCUACUACCCGGUUAUUGAUUAGGUAUUGUUAAAUAUAGUACAAUUUAUUUAUCACGUGUUAAGAUAUAAUAUGAUAUGAUAUGAUAUAAUGUUUAGAACGAAAAUAUAACAAUUCUUGUUUAAAUAUUGUUUAAGAACAAAACUAUAUUUGAACAGUUUUUUUUUUCCCCCCAGUAAGAUUUAAAACACGAGUAGAGAAUCCAAGCAUUUUACAAAUAUUUAUUAUCUACGGUCAAGUCCGUAUUCCGUAUCUAUCUUUUGUCUUCAUGUAUACCUAGUUAAUUAUAUUGGUUAUCUACCUAGAGCGUUAUCAUCUCAUGUUUAUUAAAUUAAAAAGUUGAACAAGUUAAUUCACACAAGGCAGUGUUCACGAAUUAAAAUCAAUUAUAUACUUACCUACUUUUCGUUAAAAGUUUAACUGCGGAGGAAAGUUAUUUGUUAUUCAUGUGGAUUUCAAAAUUUUUACUCAGUUUCCUUUAGUAAUUAGAGCUUUACAUUUGUUCGGAUUUUAAUGUUUUAAAAAUCUUACUUUAGAUAGAUACUGAGUGUUUCGAAGAAUGUGUUAAUUUAAAUUUUGAACAAACCGCCAUUUUGAGUUUUUCUUUUAAUAUAAGGGUGCAAUCAACUGUUUUAUUAUUUUAAAAUUUAAACUAAUAAUAAAUCAUUUAUAUAUAUGUACUAAAAAAAAAAAAAAAAUACCAAGCACUGCAAAUACGACUGUAAAGUACCAUCUGUUUUCAAUUACUUUUCUAUAUGAAGCUGUCGAAAGAAACUUUUUUACCAUUUUUACUGCUUUUAAAUGUAUUUUAUAAAGAGAAAUAGCACAAAAAUAUAAAAAGAUUAUUUUAAAGCUAAUGGGUUUAUAAUUUUUCUUAAAACCUAAAACUUAGUUUCUAGGUAUACAAUAUUCUUAAAUAAUAUGCUUACAACAAUUUAUUCAUUAGUCAUACGAUUAGUUAUAUUUCAAUUAUUAUAUUAGAAUAUUUCAAUAAUAUUGUUAAAAUAAGAAAUUGAUAAAACAAUUUAUUUCAAUAAGCUUAAUCGAAUGUUAAUGCCAUAACUUAUAAUAUAGUUUAUAAUUACAUUUCAUAACAAUAAACACAGGUUAAAAUAUUAUUUUCGUACAUGCCAUAAUUAAUAGAUACCACUUAGUCUUGGUGAAAUGGUGAAAUUUUUUACAAAAUAUUAAAAGAGUACACAACAUAUCUAUUAUUAAACAUCAGAAAUCUAUCAAUUUAAUUUGUUUUACCGUAAAGUAUUUCCGGUUUUAAUAAUAUUUUUCGCCGUCAUUCGCGAAUCAAUAAUCAACAUAAACGCAUUUUAUGUUGUUGAUCCAUUUAAUACGAUUUCGUUGACAAAUAUUUAUUGUGUUCUCUAAAUGUUCUCCAAGUUAUCGAAUAUAUAAACUAUAUGACUGUGUAAAUAGUUUAAUAAAUGUAUUAUAAAUUAUUGGAUUAAAAUAAAAUAAUUUAAGAUAAUAUUAUCUCUAAAUGGCAAUGCGCUAAAGUUAUACAAAUGUAUUUAUUUGUGUGAACAAAAUUCAGGCAGGGAGAUUAAAUUUUAUCCAGGUGUUUUCCCUCGCGUUUCAAUUUGAAUCAAUUAUGAAAUUAGUAUUUUGAAUUGAGGGGAGCUAAAUACGUUUAUACUGGAGUUGCGUGUGAAUAUAAGAUGGGGGAGGGGGAAUCGUAAUCCUACACGAAUUUAGAAAAGUGUUUUCAUCAAUACGCAUUUUAAUGGUAUUACGUUAAAUGAACAUUUAUAUAUUAAAAAUAUACUUCGAAUCUAAGAAACUCAAUAGGUAGGUUUACAGAAAUAAGAAUGGUAUAAUUUUUUACCGAAUGUUUAAAAAAUACUAUUUAGUAAAAUAUUAAAACAUACAAAUAUCGGGCCACGAUCAGGGCAUUUAGGAAAAUUCUCAUUUCCAGACCGGCCAUGGUAAUAAUAAAUAAUAAUCGUAAUUAGAGUGCACUAUUUCAUGUGUACACGCUUUCACGUAUUCACGUGAAAUUAACAUUCGUUUCUAUAAAACCGUAAAUUUGAUAAACCUGUGUAUUAUACGUGUAAUUUUAUUCACGAUUGCUUACACGUGCAUUUUAGUACAAACAAGUCUAUCGAAUUUCUAACAUAUAAUAAUAAUCAGUUUAUCGACUCGACAUUGGUAGUACGUAAAGGCCGAUCAACCCUUAUUUUAUUCACACUGUAGUAUACAGGUACCCAGGUACCUAUACGAUCGCUUUAUAUCUGUGAAUCCGUGAACAACACUAAAAACACGCGACACACGGAUAUUAAAAUCACGUGUAUUGAUUUUGUAUGUGUUUACGAAUUUUUCAUUCGACACGAAUUCCGUUUUCUCGUGUGUAUUAAUUCACGUUUUAAAUUGAUUAAAACUAAAUUAACUUACCUCUAAUCAUAAUGCAACAGGUAGUACAAUAAUAUUUUGUAAAUAACGAAACUUGUAUCUAUAAUUAGAGUAUUUUGUACUACAAAUACUUAUUUUAUAGAAUGAAUUUAUUUUAGCAUUUUAGUCAUCGUUUGAAUUGGUUAUUUGUGAUAGGUACCACUAAUUUGACUCAGGAUACCAAUACCAAUUUAACUCAUUAUCAUUGCGAUGAUACAUAUUGCAUAUUAAGAGACAAGCUUUGCGAUGGUAUCCAGAAUUGUCCUCAAGCUCAAGAUGAAGCCGUAUCAGAAUGUGGUAAGACAAUGAAAAUGUAUAACACCAUAAUAAUUUUUGAAUAAUGUUGACAAUUAUAAUUAUUUAACUAACUAUACGCUUAAAUCUAUAAUAAUAGUUUAACCUUUGUCAGCUAUUUUAAUGCAUAACAAUGCAUAUGAGAUCUGCUAUGCGAUAAAUGUUAAUUGUUAAUCUGAAAUACUUGUUUUUAAAUUGUCGAAUAAAUUGACAUUUUAAAAACACGUUAGAUUGUUUCGUGUGUUUUUUUUUUUUUUAUAAAUUAUAUAUCCCUUGGUUCCAGGGAAGAAAGGUUUAUAAGUCAAUUUUUGGAGUUUUUUUUUUAUAAUUUUGUUAUAAUUUUCACGAUGGGCUUAACGGUACAGGUGUAAUUUUAAAUUUUAUCUGCUUUUAUUGAAAAUUCUACAAAAUUGAUUUCUUCCAUGGGUCCAAAGAUAUAUUAUUACGGGCCAUUCGGACACAGCCUAUUGAUGGGAAAAUGUACAAGUGCGUUUAGGUUUACAAAUGGUUUUUAUUAGAAUUUAAACAAAAUACGGUUGACAAAUUAUAUUUAUAAUUGAAAACCGUACGACACCAGACCCGGGUCAAGACUUAGUUGUAUUUAUCAGUUAUAAGUACACUGAAGAAAUAACUGAACGGGUUGACGUCGAGGUGACGGCGAUCCUUCUCGUGCGUCGGUGGCGGUGUAGCUGUAUCGACUUUUUACUGAUCUUAACUCCGAUUUCGGUGAUGAUCCCGAUCUCCUCAUAUAUGUUUGUCGCCUCGAUCGGGGCCUAGAUGGCGGCGGACGCUGCCGCCGUUGUCUACUGGUGGCACGUCGUCCGUACCCGGACACGUUAUCCGAAAAAGGAAAAUAGUUAUUGUUUUUAAAUUUUAAUAGAAAAAAACCGAAUACAAAAUUAAUUAAAAACAGGAAAAUAAAGAAAAUGUCAAAAAAGUAUUUUAUUCGAAUUCAAAAUGCAAUAAAGGCUUACGAUGAGUAUAAAACUCAUACACGUGUGUUGCAAUAUUUAAAAGUAUAAGGUUAUGAUAAUACUGUAUUAUCAGUAAGUAUAGUUUAACGUUAUUUUGUAUAAUUUUGUUUAAGAAAAGUUAUAACUAUUAUUUUUUAAUCAUGUUUAUUAGUCUUCCAAGAAUUGUACUUGUACAUUUUUUUCAGUUAUGAUUUAUACUUUUGCUCUAGACUUUAUAAUUUUUACUCAAGGUAUAAACUUAAACUUAUACGCAAUUUUUUAAAUAAGGAAAAAAAGUAUAUAUUUUAACAUUUUACGUUGUUCAAACAAAUUUUAAGCUUAGUGAAUGUAGAGGUUUAAAUGUUCAGUUAAAUUGUUAACCAUAAUUUAUUCUUAUAUUUAUUAUAUUAAGAUUAAUUAUUUUUUAUUCAUUCACCUACCUAGGUAAUAUUAAAGUUAAAGAUAAAUUUCUUUGCCCGAUAUUAACUACUAAUACAGUAUACUUAUUCAUAUUAUACCUAUUAUAAUCAAUAGAUUCUAUAAAUCUACAGUAGUACAGUUUAAUAGAUCAACAAUGAUCUUCAUACGUGUCAGGUUUUAUUUAUUUUAUUGGGAGCUGAACUUGUUGCUUAUGAACUUGAAUGUUUGUAUUAGCCCUUUCUAGGGUAAGUGGGGAAAAUUUUAAAACAUUAUGUUAAUUUUAGAGCUAUUUACAAGUAAACGAAACGGUCUGAGUUUGUUUAGUUCAUAUUUGAUUUUAUGUGACGAACACAAUUGUUUUGGCCAAACAAAAGUGCUUGAAAAUUUAACACGAGUUUCAUCUUAAGUUGUAUUUUGUGGUAAACAGUUGAACGUAAUACUGUCAUUUUUUUAAAAACAUUUUAAAUCCAAAUCUUGAUGAAAACCGUAAAAUCACGGAAGUUCAAAACACGUUUAACCGAAUUUCACUCAGUGUCGUUUCAUUUCGUUUCUUUUUCCCAAUAAUAUACCUGCAAUAAUAUUUAUAUAUAUAUACCGCGAUUCGAUAAGAGUUGUCCGGCUGUGUGAGGGAGAAAAAACGUUUAAUAGUCAGGAUAUUUUCUGUGUGUGAAGAGAUAGUCCGUUGAUGCAGUUCCGUUAGAGAAUUUGAGGUGCAUUAAUUUAUUAUUAAAUGCGGUGCAAAUUUUUCGAAUUGGAAAGUUUCAAUUUAAAAUAAUAUUAGAUAAAUCGGCGGCACCCCAUAAUUCAUAAUAAAUAUACGGACUUAGUAUACUUUUUAUUACUUAUUUAUCUGGUCGGCAAGUUAGUUUCGGCUUGUUUGUUUAUUAGUAUAUGUAAUUGAAGGGCUCUUAUAUAGAUGUUCACUUAUGGUUUUUUUUUUUUUUUUUUGGUAUGGAUGUGUAGGGACAGGUCAGUAAACUGUCAAGGAUUUGACCUUCGAUUAGGAAAAUGAUUUUCGAGUCCUAUAAACGUAUAAAAUCGAGUCUAAUAUAUAAAUUAAACCGCGAAAUGUGUCCCCGCCUAAAGCAAUCAAAUAGAGGAUUGGUUACCGAACCAAUGAAUUCAAGUCAUAAAAGUUGUCGGGUGCCGGGUAGAUAUCUAAUUAAACUGUUAACAUGGAACUGGGCCACGACUACACAUUGUGAAAUAACAUCUUCAACCGUAUUAGUAUAAGAGAUUAACGUGAUCUUACGUACGAUACGAUGUACUUUGUACAUUAGCAGUUUGGCUUAUUAAUGACGUUUCAAGUUGUGUCUUUUUAUUGAAUGAAGCACGUGAAUAUACGCGUUUUAGCCUUAAAAUUUAAAAGUUAAUUAUUUACGUGUUAAAAAUAUUAUUUACAGGUUGUAAUUAUAACGAAUACCGAUGUGCGAACCAAUGUAUCGAAUUGGUAAAACGAUGCGAUAGGUUUCAUGAUUGUGAUGGAGGUGAAGACGAGGAAAAUUGCAGUAAGUCGAUUUUUGUGUUACUUAAAUACGAAUCAAUAGUCUAGGUCUAUAGUUUAUACUCGUGUAAUAUAUGGGUGUAGAAUAAGUGAAAUGCUCUUUUAUUAUUCUUAAUGUUAGUUUCUAACUUUUAGUGUUGGAUUUGUAAUAAUUAAAUACCUAAAUUAAUGAAGUAUAAAUAAAAUUACUUAACACUUGCGACAACAUAAGUAAAUACUAUAUGAUACUAUUUAAGCUUUUUAAAGUACCUAAUAUUGUAGGUAAUGUUGUGAUUAUUAAAUUUUGGUUUAUAUUUUAUUACGGCCGAUCUAGACAGAAACCAUUAGAGAAUAACGCAUAAGUCAAAUACUCGAAUCUUAAAAUAAAUCGAUUUAUUUUCUUUUGGCUACUUAAGUAUAAAACAUUUUCAUCACAUUAAACUAUAGUGUAGGUACUAUUUGCUAACUGGAGCAAAAUGUUUUAUUUUCAAAAAAUAUUUGGUCAAUCAAUUUCAAAUCGCAUAGAGGUACUCGUUCAAAAAUAAAAUUGCUUAUACAUCUAUACUCGCAGAAAUAGUUACAGUUUGUAAUGUUUAGUAAUUUGUAUUAUUACUAUAGAUUUUAAAGUCUAAACAACUCUCCUACGGGUUUUUUUUUUUUAACAAUAUGGGUUUUAUUUUUAUUUUUAUUAUAAAAAUAAUCAACAAUAUUUUUCAAACACAACCAAACGAUAUUAUAAAAGUUACUGUGGUUAUUUUUUAUGUCAGUUUCAGGCAGUUUCAGUCGGUUAAGUGUUGAUGAACCGCAAUUUAAUUUAGCUUUUAAAAAUAUUAUAGUUACUAAAUACCAAUGUUUGUUUGCAUAAUUUGUUUAGAUCGUAUCGUAACACGACCGACUUAGGUAGGUAAAUAAUAAUGUAUUUAUGAAAGUAAAAUGUGUAAUAUUCAUGUUUUAGAAUUGAAGCGGAAAAACCGCUUUUUGUUUAACAUUAUUAGGUAAGAGAUUUCGGGUUUUUAUUUUAUUUUGUUAUUACCUACUAUUAUUAUUAUUAUUUUUACUUUAAAGGGAAAUGCUUUAAAAUGUCGCAGAGUGUAAUUUGUUUUAAGAGGUUAUAUUUUAAAUCAUCGUACCUGCUGUCGAAAAAAUUGCUUUAAAAUAAUACUGCAACAGUGAAAUUUAACGAAACACUCGUUUCGAUUAUUAUAUGAUUUAAUUAUUUAGAAAAUAAUAAAUUUAUUGGUACCUUUUACAGAAUAUUCAAAAUAUAUUUAUUGAUUAUUUAUAGGUAUUUUAACGUUUUUGAUUGAUGUUAAUAUAACACGAUAUAGUAUUUUCGUUAACUUUCAAGUUUUUUUUUUUUUUUUUUAUAAAUCUUCUAUCGAAAGUUUGUUGUUUAUAAAUAUUUUACAAUUUUCAAUAAUUAUAUUGUGUCGGAAAUUAUAAUUUUUAUAUACAAGAAUAUUAUCAAAUCUGUCAGUUUCAUAACGGCGAAAAUGGUGUUAACAUCAAUCAGUGGGCGUUGACAUAUAAUAAUAUAUCAUUACCUAUAGGUAUACCUACUCCGUUGUACAGGAUUACUCCUAAUAAAUAUAAGCACCUACCGAAUAGUUGAGAGGAAUUUUUUUUUCUAAAAAAUAUCGCCGAAUAAAAAAUUUACAGCUAUUAAUAACAAAAACAAUAAUGGCUGUAAUUCUUUUUGUUGGGCAAUAAUAUUCCAAGGAAAAAUGAACGAGAUGCUCUUCAAAAGAAAUCUUUUUCUUUAAGUGGUUUAUAUUAUGCGAUCAAACUCUAAAUUCAACUCAAACUCAAUAAUUCAAAUUCUAUAGGUAAAUAACUUAAUUUACUUAAUUUGUGUUGUUAUUAUAAUAUAUAAAUGCUCACGCAUUGCGCAAUGGUUCGUUCAGUAUGAUAUCAUAUUAUAAUUUAUAAUUAAUAAUACACGUAUGACGAAUUUUAUUUUUAAUAAAUGAAUAUUUUUGAAAAAUGAGAUUUUUGUAAAAACUUUAAAAAAAAUAUUACAUGAAAAUACAAAAUUUAGUAUACUGCACAACACAAUAACUCAAAAGAUAAUUUUCGUCAUAGUGCAUUUGUUUGACGAUCAUUUUGGAUCGCAAUCAUAUUAUUCUUCGAAAUGUGGGUUACCAUUUCGAAAUACAAUCAUUCGACGAUGUAUUUAUGAUUUAUCCAAAACGUUUGUUGUUCUCUUGUUGCACGCUGUAUGAAACUUUUCAAACACUUUAGUACAAGUAAAAGUGUUUGUCAAAACAAACAUACAUCAUUGUCACCAUUGCGGUACAAACAGCUUCCGUUCAGAAUAUAAAACAAGACAGCUGGGGGCAAGUGUCCCUGUGUUAUACAGGAUAUAAUAUAAUAUGUGAAUUCAUCACGGUCGAGAUAAAAUUAUUUCGUAGUUUUCAUGAUAUUUAUUGUGGUGCAGAUUAAUACGCGCACGCGCAUAGUAUUUAAUAUUUGAAUGGUAUAAAUAUUGUUGGGCGGAAAAUAUUGAAUGGUACUGUGUGAAGGCCAACAUUUGAAUUUGUGUUAAUCAAAUUUGAAACCGUCUGGUUGGAAUGUCGUUUGUUUUAAAUUAAUUUGAUUGGCGGUUUUUAUUAUUAAUAACUGUAGGUUUAUUUAGAAAACAAGCGUCGUCAUUGAUACCGACAGAUACGGGAUAUUGAUUUUAUUCCCGCGGAAAGAUAUUCUAUGUUAAUUUCUUGUAUAUAUUUCUUGCGUAUACUUUAAUCAGGUACGUAUUUUGUUCAACACAAUGCGUAGCGUCUCGAAAACGGCUUAAAAUAUCAAUUUCGAACGACAAAGCCAGAAUAAUACAUACAAUGUUGUACGCACGUUAUUAAACACAAUAUUUUUGUACGAUAACUAAGAGAAUUAUUUACGUACCGUAACGCGCCGAACAAAGUUUCUGUUCAUCUUCCAUUCAUAUGUAAACGAACGGCCGACAAAAUAAAAUAUUCACCAAUAUAUUAGAUAUAUGACAUGAUAUGAUAAUACCAUAUCCGCGUUAUAUAUAUUUACCAUUUACUGACUUACUACCUUAAUAUAUCUUCAUUAACUAUCUGUGUCAAAGGGUUUCCUUUAGUUUGGAUAUAAAUACUAUCAGUAAGCCCACUGUUGUUUGAUCGAAGACAUCGACACAUUUAAUACCAAGUUUUCAUAAUUGUAUUAGGUAUCAUGGGGAUUUCACGAUGUUCAAUGGUUUAUGUGUAGAGACGCUAAAAAGUCGUUACGUGUAUAUGUUUUUAUAACCUUGGAUAUUUAUUAAAAAUAUUUCUUAUACUUGAGUUACUUACCGACUUAUUAUCCAUCCAUCUUUAUAUCCGUGUAAACACUUCGAACGUAUUGAAAAUAUUUAUAAUUUCUGUGUUUGGUUUUAGAAUUCUACACUUGUCCACUGACACACUUUAAAUGUGGGAAUUAUUAUUGUAUACCAACCGAUAAGGUAUGCGAUUUCAACGACGAUUGCGGUGACGGAUCGGAUGAACAACAUUGCCGUGGGUUCUAAAUGAUAUAACAAUAAUAAUUAUAAUAACAAUUUGAUAAUAAAUAAUAAACAUUGUGAUUUAUUUAUUGUUGUUUUUCACGCGUACAAUAGAGCACAGAGAGUGUUGGCAUUCUGAAAUCAAGUGUAAUAAUUCACAAUGCAUCCGUCCGGGGCAUUUGUGUGACGGCAAAAAUCACUGUGUUGAUGGUUCCGACGAAGAAAUUUGCGGAAACGGUAAGUAAUAAAUAUUACAAUAUUAUUAAAAAAAAUCAAUAAUUUUAAUUUUGUUCUCCGCGUGUUUUUGUAUAUCAUCAUUUUAAAAUCGUAUUUUUUUUCUCUUUAACAUUGCCAUUUAUUUUUUAAUUUUUGAUUAGAUACACGAAAUGUACAGUAAUAUUUUCUUGAUAAACAAAUUAGGAAUAAAUAAAUUAACGUACAUAAUACUAUUAAAUCUGUUUAAUUAUUUUGAUUAUGUGAACUGUGAGCAAUUGAAUAUUUUCAAAGGGGUUUAUCAAUAUACAAUAGGAUUACGAAUUAAGAUAGUCUGAAUUUCAAGGGGAACAAAUUUAAAUUCGAAUUACCUCAGAGGUUGGGUUAACUGUUGUAAUUAUGGAAAUUUCUUGAAUAAUAAUUAAUCAUCGGAAUAAGGCAGUUUUCAUUUCUAUACAAUCUAGGUUCUAUCAAUAAACAAUAUUACUUGUUAACUAAAUUUUUAAUAGUAUCUAAUAAUUAACGAGUUACUUUAUUGGUUCAAAAUUCAAUUUCACAAACAUCUUCGAUUAUUAGCGAAUAUAACGAAAAAUCAUUUAUUUAUUUAUGUAUAUGAUUUGGGAACAUUUCGUUAAGUUGUUCUAAAGAAUAUAUUAUUAAAAAAGUAAUUAUUAUAAUUUGCUACGGCAAUUUGAUAAUUUGUUUUCCUACGAUGAGUAUUUUGGCUAUACAUUUUCGCAGGUAAAGAAUGGCCUUUGAUGUUUUGUAUAAUGGGUACCUACGUACGCAAUUAUUAUUUUAAAUACGAUUUCCUUUUUACUACAAAACCGCUAGCGGCGCUAACGAUCAUAUCGCAAUUAUACGUGCCUAAUGAAUACAAUAGCAAGUUUCAAAGUUAUGCGUAGAGUAUAAUAUUAAUUCAGAGAAUAAACGCCAAAGGCACGUGGAAAGAUAAAAAUAAAUUAGUUGUAGUUAUUUUCAAAAAAAGUUUUACUUCUUAAAAUAUCAUUAAAUUAAUAAAUAAUAACGAUGCAUGUAAAGUAUUUACAGUAAAAAUUAGAAAAAAUAAAUUCAUAAUUUAUACUAAGUGAAGUCAAAAAACCGUACCAUUAUACCGUCGUCGUUGAGUUCGUCGAUAACUUUGUUAAUAAAGUUUAUUUUUCCAAUUUUAACCGAGCCAAAGUGCUAAGGCGUAGUCGUUAUUCCUUUCUUGUUAGUCGUUUUUAUGAAUAAGUUUUAGAAUAACGGAAGCACAAAAAACUUCUUUCGCGUAACGUUCUACCAAAUAUUAUCCAGAAUGGUCAAAAAUGCAUUAUUUUAAAUAUUGAAAAAAAUCUAAACUUGAUGUCAUUAUUAUUGUUUAUGUUUAAAAUCAUUAAUGUUUAAAUUUAAAAUAAUGUAUUUUUCUUUUUCUCUUUUUCUCUAUUGGUAGGUAGGUACUUAUUGUUUUUUCGUUAUAUUAUUUUUAAGUCAAUUUAAUUUUAUACACCAGCCAUUAUUUUUUGCCCAUGAUUUAGUUUACAAACUACUAAAACGUCUAAAACUAAUAUUGUUAUCAGAAUAAAUUCUUAAAAUCAUUUUUAAGAAUUUAAAACAUAUCUGUUGCGUUCAGAUGAUCCAUCAUUAUUGUGUAAUGUAUACCUUCCCCGUCAAUGGCGCGCAAAGAAAAUUUUAAAAUUAUUUGAAAAAUUUAAUAGAUAAUGCGCUGAUAAUUUAUUUAUGUAAGAAAAUAGAUAAAACUAAACAAAUUUAAUCGAGAUAGAAGACAAAAUAUUUUCAUUUAGGCACAUUAUUUUUUUAUAGAUUAUUUAUAUAAAACCGCCAACUAACAAAUAUUGUAAAUUUGUUUGCUAAGAUUGAACCUAUAAUUGUUUAAACAGUUCAUAACUAUUCAUAGUUUAUAACUACUUAACACCAAUUAUGUAAUAUAUCAAGAGUUGACGUUUCAAAUUAAUAUGUUAUUAUGUCUAAAUACAAAUAUUUAAACUAGUAAUGAGACAGAAAUCCGGAUUUCGGGUUUCGGACAUAAAAAUACGAUAAUUCCAAUUUUAGAUUUCGAAACUAGAGUUUUUAAUCUUCUAAAAUCUAUUACUUAUAUAUUAUAUUUUUGUAUUUUCCACGUUUAAAAAAAUGUGUAAUACAUUUUAUUUGCAAUACAUUUUCUGUAGAAAAUCCGGAUUUUUAUCGAACUUCAGCAAAUCUGAUUUUUCCCACCAUUCAUUUAAAUACAAAAUUCAAACUUAGUAGGUAAUUAAUAAAAUAAUAAACCAAUAUUUCGACAAUAUUACUGAAUAUCAAACAUUGAAAAUCAAAAACGAAAAAAAUCAAAUAAAAUUAACCAGGUAUCUCGAUAAUCAGAUAACUAUUUUAUUCAUCAAGAUAAGAUGAAGUAUAAGUAGCUAAAAUAGUUUUUUAUGUGCACUUAUGUCUUUGAGUUCGUUAAAUUUAUAACGUCAGAGAGUGAAAAUGUAUUCUUGUUUACCCGAGUAAUUACACCAGUGCUCGGGCAGGCAUUGUGACUACAUAUUACAUGAUAUAGGGCAUAUUAUUAUCGUCGUGUACACAUUUAACAUUGCGUUUAUUUACGUAUAUGCUUAACACAAACUCUCCGUCUAUCAGUGCCGACGAUUUUUUUUUCUUUUAUUAAAGAGCAGUGGCGUAAUUAAAAUUUUACCCAGGGAUCGAAUGACGAAACGUACGACUCAUACGAGGGUAGGCUUACUGCAGAUGAUCGUUUUACGUAUCUGUAUGUAGUUACUAGUUGACCUCGCUCAGUUUUUGCUCUUGUACACGACAAUAAUAUUGACUUUUUAUUAUUGUAUCAUAUUCUAUAGGCACCUACAACCAAUUGUUUUCGAAAAUAUUGCUGUGAAAUUCUUAAAGUUCGACAAGUUCACGUGGGUUAUUUGUUUUCCAGUGAGGGAGCUUGAAAAACGUAUGUUCUUAAUAACCAUUAAGUUAUUAUUGAUAAGGCGUACAUUCAUUUCGAAAUGUUAACGUCGUACAGUGUCAGCUACUACAGGGUUUCAAUAAUAAUAACUGAUUUGUCGAUAUUCUGCGUACACUGAACCACUAUGCGUCUGAAAGAAAACAAUCCGAAAACAUAAUAUUUAUUUGGUAUAUUGGUGGUUAGGUUGCCAAAUAAACAUAUAAGAAUACAAUUAUUAAAUUUACCGAACGGAACUGCACUCAAAGCACACGGAAGAUUUAACAAUGGGCUCAAUUAUUUACAGUGUAAAAAUGAUUCAAUAAAUUUUGUUGAUUUUGUAUUCUUAUUUUAUGGAAUGCAGAUGAUUUUGUUAAGUGUGGCGGAAGCAAAUGGAUCCACUCAAUGUUUUGGUGCAACGGAUAUCCAGAAUGUACCGAUAAUCAUGCCGACGAGUUAAAUUGUGAUUAUUUAAAUGAAUCUUAUAGUUUAUCAAUAUAAUUAUUUGCCAACGUUUUAUCAGCAACCGUAUUAUUGAUCCAAUGUAAUAUAGGUGGUACGAAAUGUCCGGAUAAUAAAUUUCGGUGUACAAACGGGAGAUGUAUAAACAAAGCGAACGUAUGCGAUGGGCUUUGCGAUUGCUUGCAGGAUGUCCAUGGGAAUGGUCAUUGUGACGACGAGAAGGAAUGUGAAAAAUACUAUACCAAAAUCGACGGUAAGUAACGGAUUAUUUAAAAUGUUUAUUAAUUUUUUACUGUUUAACAAUAAUUAUUUGCAGUUUAAAAAAAACGAAUAAAAAAUUAUGUAUAAUGGUCGCAAGUUCCACCGUGGAACGCGUAUGCUGUUGUAAAUGAGGAACAAUUUAAAUGCAAAUUUAAUUUAUGAUUAUUAAAUUAACGGAUAUAUUUAUUAGCGAGCCUUGACGUGUAGAUUAAUUUUUUAAUUGCUUUAAAAGUCAAUCAAAGUAAUUAGUUGUUUCGUUGUUCGGUAAAUACGAUUAAAAAAAAAAAAAAAAAAUAACUACUGACAUCAUACGUAGGUGUAGAGCCAAAGAAAAAUGUCUAUUUAAUACUAAAUUGUAUUAUCCUUGUAUUAAUAAGAAUAAUACAUUAAAAAUAUUUAAAAAUUACGUUAUACUUGGAUGUAUAAUAUGUAUAUUUAUUAAAAAAAAAAAAAGUUGUAACACUUGUAUUACAAUGUGAAACCUGCAGAAAACGAUUAGAACGAAAUUGUAAUGAGUAAUCAAGAAAUGUGCAAUUUGACUCUAGAAAUGUUCAACCAUAUCUAAUUAUUUUAGAUUCUGAGUGGAGCGAAAAAGCUUAUGGUUUUAUAAUGAUGGUUUUUUUUUAUCCGUGAACAACUUUUCUACAACAUAUAUUGCUUUGAUUUACAAGUGUAGCACUUUUUUUGCAAGAAAAUCUGACUCGGGUGGUACUUUAUAAGGAUGUCAUUUUUAAUUUUCUCAGGAGUUUUCUCAAUAUAUUCGAAAAACCGGUAAAAAAACGGGAAAAUGUACGAAUGUAUAGUACAAUAUUACGGUCUUUAUUCUCCCCUGUGAACAACGUGUCAACGAAACACUUUUGUUCCGAUAUAUAAUGAUACCACUUUUUUUGAAAGGAAAUUUGAUUGGGGAGGUACUAUAAGGAGGUCAUUUUUUGAUUUUCUCUGGAGUUUUCUCAAUAUAUUGAAAAAACCGGAAAAAAACAGAGGAAAAACGGGCGAACGGGAAAAUAUUAAACAAAUAUUAUUAAAGAAAAUAUUUAAUGAAUAUGCAAUUAUUUUACGAUCAUAUGACACGUAUAUUGUGAUGAAAAAACAACACUGUCAACUGAAUUCCACUCAGAAUCGUUUUUUCGUUAGAAAUGGUUUAUAUCGUUACUUAGAGAUAUACAUUAAAUUCCCGUCUGUAUCCUACCUUCCCGACUUUCCACCCACAACAGUGGCUGCACCCACGUGCGAAGUAUGUUGGUCUUUUUUUCUACAUAUUUUCUAUGAACAACAAUCAAAAUCAAUAGGUACCCGGUAUAAUAACUCUAAUGGUUCGUUCGAGUUUUGUGUAAAAUUAUUAAAACCCGCGGGCAAUAAGAUGCAAUAGCUUGUGGGUUUGUUGCAUUAUUGUUGGGCAUUCGACGUUUUGUGUAGAACCGAAGACGCUGGAUAAUAUACAGAAAAUAAUUAAAUGGAAAAAAAAAAUAUAUAUAUUUUCUCUCACCCGCAGCCCGCAGACUUGUAGGUAUAUAAUGUAAAUUUAUCUUUGGGAUAGUUAAAAAUUAUUUGAGUAAACUCUGCGGCGAAGGAAUAGUACACGACCCGAGAAAAAUCACAAUUCUAUAGAGGAUAUAUAUAUAUAUAUAAUAAAAAAAAAAAAAUGUUUAGCGUUCGAUUUUAUUAUUCGUACAAUAUAAAAUUGUAUAUUCCAGAAGUGGAACGAAUGAGCUCUUCUUCUUAUUUAAUAUUAUUUUUACAAAUGAUAAAGUGUUUUUUUUUUUUUCUUUAACGGAUAAUAAACAUAAAAUAUGUAAAAGACAUUUUUCACGCGGACAUGUUAACAGGUACCUAACGUUAGGUAUACACACCUAACGUUAAACACAAUAUUAUUUUUAAAAGGCCAUAUUUCCAUUUUAUUUUCUUGCAUUUUUACAAUUUAAAACUAUCGAAAUAAACGGUGGAAUUAAAAGUAUACAUUUUCUUUUACGAUUAUGAUUAUUUUGUAUUUGUAGGUAAGUAUACUAUACCAAGUAAUAGGUAAGUACAUAUAGGUACUUCGUUUGUAAAAAACAAAAAAAUAUAUACAGGGCGUCCUACAGUGUUAUCCGAAUUAUAACAAUUUUUUCAAUAUUUAUUUUUUAAUUUUGUUUUUCAACCGGGUUUUGUGUCAGAUUUUUAUUUUAAACCCUUGAUCACGGAAACGAUAUAAUUUUUUUCUUUUUGACUUAUUAAAAUGUUCAAAAUUGCUGAUUUGUGUAAUAGAUAAUAGGCGUGAAAACAGUUAAUAUCCAAUAGAAUAUAAGGAAUUGGCGUGCUGAUUGUAGUUCCUUAUCUCGUAACGUGUUAUUCUAUAAAAAAUUAAUUGUUUCAUACUAAUUUUCUAUACGUCUGCUAUAAAUAAAAAACUAUUAAUCGGAUAUGAUUGUAUGAUAUAUUCAAAUGUUUAGAAUAAUAUACUCUACGAAGUGGCUAUCUUGAAAAUUUUAAAAAGUGAAAAAAUAAAAAUUUAAUUUUUCUCUACAUUUAUGUCCUCUUAAUAUAAAUUAUGAUUGAAAGAAAUUAAAAAGAAAAAAAAAAAAAUGAACAUUGACAAAGUUAUUAUAAUUCGGAUAACACUGUAGGACACUGCAUAUAUCGUAUUAUAUAUCAUAUUGAUUCUUGAGAUUUUAUUUUGUUUUUAUUAUUUUUUUAGACGUAUAAUUUUGUUCAAUAGGUUAAUUUUUCAAUAUUUAUAUUGACUACUGUUUUCAGUUAGUUAGGGUAAUCUAUAAUUUAUAACGUACAAUUUUCGAAUUUUAAUAUUCGAGUCUUAUAAUAGUCUUAUAAUAGUGUAUAGGACAAUGAAAUUUGAGUGUACGUGUGUAGUACUAUAAAAUGUUAAAUAGCACAAACUUAAACUGAAAGCUUUCUCGUUUCGCUCAGAAGUUAAAAAAUCGAUUGCAAUUCCGAGGGUUAUAUUAUUACGCUUUGCACAGUAAAGCCCGUAGUAGCCGGGAAAAUGUAUUUAUAAUGGUUUCCGGAUUUUCAUUAUCAACCACUUACUUAUAAAACUGUAAUACUAUUCCGCGACACGAAACUAUUUUAAAAUCGUAAAUAUAUUAAUAAUGAUCAGCCAAUAUUAGCUAAUAGGCUAAUAUUAUUAGUAAAUGAUAUUAAUUGGCGUACCUAAUGAGCGUAGAUUAUUAAUUAUUAUUAAUAAUAUUUAAAUGUUGUAUUUUUAGUCGUUUAGAGGGAAUCGUUUUAUUAGUUGUUUAUUGAUUAAAAAAAAAAAAAAAAAAAAACAAUACGUUAAAUUACUUGCGUUUUAAAUAAUCAUAAUAUUGUCGACGUUUUUGUGCAUUGUUACAUUUUACUAUUUGAAAAUCAUAUUACCAAAUUCUUGAAAGUUUCUUUUGAAACAUUCAGUAGCUUGUAAACUAUGUUGAACACAUAAAACCGAACAAACCGUAAGUUUAAAAUGUUUAAAUUAUUUUAUUCGAUUUCAAGGCGUUGUGGUUUGCCAAAAUGGUUCAACUAUAACUUGUUGGAUGCCACAGGGGAGUCCUCCACGUUGCAUACACCAAGAUUUCGUGUGUGAUAAAAAAAAUGACUGCUUUAACGGGAACACAAUAUCAGACGAAUUUGGAUGUGAUUAUAGUGAGUAGUAAUCUUUUUUUGUAGAUUUUAUCCAGAAAUAUUAAUUACUUUGGUUUUUUUUUUUUUUUUUAAAUUGUUUACUUUAUUUAUUGAGUUUGAUGAUAAUUCAUACAAACAUGAGUUUGCUUUACUUAUUUUACUUACGCAUUUAAUUUGGUUUGUUCACCAACCGAACAUUAAUUUAGAACUAUACGAGUAAUUUAGAAUUUAAAAUUCUAAUUUUAAUUUACUUAUAUUCAGGGAUAUCUAUCAGUCUCGUAAAUUAUAUUGUAAUUAUUAUACCAGCUUGUUUUUAGGCUGUUUUUUUAGUUCAUAUAUUCGGGGACUAAAAUAAGAAUAAAUGGCAGUGAAAAGACCCAAUUGUUGGAAAUUUAGACUGCUGUAUCGACAAUUCAACGAUAAUUUAAUUUAAAUAUCGGCAAAUCUAAUAAUUUUUUAUUUUUUAUUUUUUUUAUGUUUUUUUAUUACGUGAUUUCUAUUAUAUUAUAAUUAUCAAAUGUAUUACUUAUCGAAUGACAAAACAUUAGUUAAAACAAAUUGUUUAGAAGGAAUAUUUUUAAUUACAACCCCAUCGAUUUUUGUUGGCAUCGGUUUUGAGCAUCGUUAACUUAACCUAUGGGUUAAUAGGUAGUGACUAGUGAAAGAUACUUAUAUUUUGUGUUUAUUAAUUUACGGACGCACAUUGCAGAUAACACCAUAAGUAGUAAGUAAUAAGUGAGGUAUGCACCUUCUUAUAUUAGUGUAGUUGGUAUAAAUAAAUAUAAUAUAAUAGGUAAUAAUGUGUAUAUAUAUGUAAAAGUAUAUUACUGUCGAGUGACAAAAAUUAAAAUGUUACUCAUAUAAUAAUAAUAAUAAUAAUUAAUCACCAAUCAUUAUCACAGUUUAAGUAAAUUUACAUUAAUUUACUGUCUCUUUGAUGAAAAUAAUAAUAAUAUAAUACUAUUAAAAUCGUAGUCUUUGUCAUAUUCAUCCUUGCACGUCCACUCUUAAUUUCUACUACAGUUCCAAGUUUCAGACAGUAAAAAAAAAAAAAAAAAAAAUAAGUAUAGUUAGUGCAUAAUAAUCAAAUCGAGUAACGAUGUAAUCUAUUAUAAUUACAAUCUUCUCCACUUAUAUAAUCCACUAACAAUAUUGUAGUUGACGAGUUUUUUUUUUAUUUUUUUUUUUUUUGCAACUUUUCUACAAGUACCUACCGGAAAUCUCGUUUUUAUAAUAUUCACUUACCUACAGGCACUUGUUAAUUUGUGUAGAAAUAAUUGUUCAUGUAUUUGUUAAUUUUAUGAAUAUGAUCGUUAUUAUUAUAAUUUAUAAUUUUUAACAUAUUAUUAUAUUAAUCAAUCAACAGUACCACCGAAAAAAUAUAAAAAUCUGGUGUUCUGUUUAAUUAGGCAUAGGUGUAGGCCAUUGGGUAGUGAACACCGUUGAUUGAUUGAUGAAUAUCAGUGUUUUUAAAUUUUCGAGGUACUUACCAUAAUAAUUUCCGUCAUUGCCAUAGGGUGAAAUUGCGGCUUUUGUUAGGUACCCGGGUCAAAACCUGCAGAUAUUUUUAUAACGUAGAAACCUUAUACUUUGUAACGAGAAUAAUUAAUGACCUAUUAACGUUAAAAACACUCAAAGUUUAUUAUUUUAGUAUAUAAUAUUACGUUUCUUAUACUGAUGAUAUUUUUUUAAUAAACUAAUGUACUUAUAGCGUAUAAAGUGCAUUUGAAAUUUUCCUAUACACGAGUAUAAUAUUAUAACUGCAUUCGAAAUUUCAGUCCGCCUGAGAAUUAUUAUUUUAUAAUAGGUAUAACAAAAUAAUCAUUACCUUCAAAACACGAUGUGCUUAUAUACAACAAAGGUAUCGUGUUUUUGACGAGGAUGAAUAAAUUAUUAAAUACAUGUAUAUACACCGUCUUUGGGUGUAUGGAAAGUUUGUUAAAAACAUAUUUCAUAAUCUGUUUAUAUAUACGUGGGUGGGUGCUUACUUGCAUAGACUACUUAUAUAAUUAUUAUGAAAAUACUUAUAAAUAGUCGACCGUCGCAAUACAUUUUAGAUUCAGAGCGUUAGUAGAGGACUAUUAGGUUUUACUAUAAUGGGUUUUUUUUUCUGUCUAUGAUUUUUAAUAGUUAUUUUUAUAAUUAAACUAUGCAGAGGUAUCUUGUGACGAUACCAACUUAAAUGUUGUGAAAAAUCGAAGUAUGCAAAAACAUCGCCAUUCACUACACUAAAAAAAUUCCAAAUAUCAGAAUGUGAAUUCAUGCCCGAUUUAACGAUACAAACUGGGUGAGGAAGUUUGAAAAAUCAGCCUAUACAUUAUAUCUUUAAAGUUAUAUAAAAAAAAAAUUACGUAAAUAAUACUAGUUCUUACAAAUUAUCAUUGUCCUACCAUUAUAAAAUCAUUUGACCAUCACUGCACUAUUAUGCGUAUUAUACAUUUAUAAUUUAUCUAUUCUACCUGAAAUCUUGUUCCAAAGCUAUCAAGGGUAGCAUCUUUCCAGAAGAAAAUUUUCUCUAAUUAGGGAGGCCAUUUCUUAAUUUUCUAAGGGGCUUUCAAGGGGUAUUAUGCUUAAAUUAAAAUUUCGAAAAUCUCUAACAACGUUUCACGGCACCAGUAAGGUAUGCAGGCAUUUCAUUGCGGGAAAUCGUGUUACGUAUAGUACAAAUGAUUAAAAAAAAAAAAAAAAAUUGAAAUAGUUUUAAUAUGUUAAUUUAUAAUAUAAUAAGUCAAUAAUUAGUAAAAACACCUAAAAGUUAUAAAAUUUAAAUAAUUUUAUGCAUUUAAAUAAUGCGUUAUUUUUAAAUAUAAAAAGUCAAUAUUUACAAAUAGUAUGUCUGUGGCAGUGAAAAUUGAAUGCCAGUCCUUUUAGGUGUCUCCAGAUCGGUUCAUUUUUAUUAUAGGUAUUUUUCUAAAUGGUUCUACAAUUACAUCUCUUUGAGUCACAGGCUGUGACUAUUUCACCAGAUUAUUAAUAUUUCACGGGAUGAAAUAAUUACAUGAUGAAAUGGCACACGAUAAAAUUGUCACGACGAAGUAUCUAUCGCGAUAAUGUGUUUAUAAACUACAGAGAACGGGUCGGGAUCAUCAGUGAUAGACUGCCGUGAAAAUAAUAUUAAACGAAUUUUGUCGGACAUUUGUCUGUGUCGGUAUUUCGGUUAUCGGUCAGCAUUUGCAAAAGAUACUAGUAUACUCGUACUCGUAUCCGUCAUAUAUCUAGUUUGUUACAUUGCAUACUUUUUAUCAAACAUAAUCUAGUUAAUUAUCUAUUAAAGACGCUAUUGUUUAAUAGACACCAAACUACCCACCCAAAUACCUAAAUUUAGCCAGGAACGGCUAUCCCAGAACAAUGCUCUCGCCACGCCACCGCCUUAAUGGAAUUUAUAAAAUUAAUAAUUGCACAUUUUCUAAAGUUUUAAAAAGCAGAGGGAAAAAAUAAACAACUAUUAAACAUUUUUAAAAAGUGUUAGAAUUGUGUCUGGGGAAAAAAAAUAUAAUUUAUUUUCAUGUUUAAUGCCGUGAUGACGUGUCCAUUACAAUUUAAACCGUAAAUGGCGUGUUCGUGGCGGUUUUUUUUUUUUUGAAAGAACUCUAAAGCUUCUAUAAAGUAUAAUAUAGGUUGUUGUUUUUGUUUUUUUUUUUUUUUUUAGCUACAUUGUUAUUGACACGUGAAUGCAUAGUAUACAUAGGUACAUACAUUGUUUACCAUUGCGAUUUAUCAACGUGUUCGCGGGUUGGUUGAUUUGUAAAAUUGUUUACAAUAAAUUAGGCAGAUUGACAAUUGCCUACCUUUAUAAUAAUAUAAUACUCGUAUAUACUCUUGCCGGUUCGUUGAACAAGGGAUAAAACUAUAGAGAGACAAAAAAAAAAAAAAAAAAUCACUGCGCUCAAAAUUAUUGAUUGAUGGUUUUUUUUCCGGUUCUAUUUUUUCCCAAUAUACGGUUAUUCGAUAUAUGUACCUAAUAAGGAUAUGAUCUGUAUCUACACCUAACCCCUUAGCGCAAAAGUCUAUUUAUCAUUGCCGCGUUGGUUAAUGAAACGUAAACAAAUUUCGUAAAUGUAAUGAAAAUUGAACUGAAAAAUGCAAAUAAUCGAAAAUCGAAAAGAUUUUGUCAAAUAAGUGCUGCUAUGAAAACUAAAAUGUAUUUGAAUCGUUAAAUAUGAACAGCGUACGAACAUUUGGACAUCAAUUUUAAAAUUUGUCAAGAAAGACAAAUAUUCUUUAAGCACCUUGAGUUGUAUGUUUUAUAUACAGUUAUUAUUGUAGUUAUGCAUUGAUAGUUUAUAAUUAUUAUAUAACAUUAUAACAUAAGUUAUUAACAUGCAAUUUGAUUUUACAAAUUUUUUUUCAGAGUAUUAUGUAUUUAUGUCUUUCUAGACCAAUUUUAAAAUUUUGAUGUGCACCCAAUCUGUAUUUAGCGAUUUAUAUAAUUUCUGUUAUCAAAUCGCUAAAUUGCACCUAAAAUGAGUUUUCGAACUGUCACGUAACUGAACAUUUUACGCGUUUUAUUUUGAAUAGUGAAUAGACAAUUUGAUUUUUAUGUCGUUUUAGGUUCGACACCUUAUAUUAUACAAAAGUGCAGUGGAGUAAAAUUAUUUUGUCAUGAGGAGGGGGGGGGGUAUAAGGAUAAUUUUGAAAAACUAUAAAUUAUUAUUAUUUACAUAAUUAUAUUUUAUAAUUUCGAAGAUAUAAUAUAAUAUACAGGAGGAUGUUUUAAGCAUGAAAAUGGGUAACUAUUUGUAUGGUCGCAUACAUAGAUUUUUCACAACAUUGAAGGAGUGUCCUGUGGUGAUAACGACUUUGGUUAUUUAAAUGUUACCUACAUGUUAUCUACAAAACCUACAUAUUUUGAUGGAAAUUAUCAAUUAGAUGAUUUUUAAAAAAAUGUUUACGUAGUGUAGUCAAAAUUUGAACAGAAAUUUUCCGAGUUAUCUGGAUUUAAAUAUACUAAGGAUAAUAACUUUUUAUGGGGAUUGUAUACCGACUGUACCAUAGAAGUCGUGUAUAGGCCGUUUCUUGUUUUGCGUCGUUGUUAAAAAAAUCAUCUCAUUUAUUACUAUACAUGUUUAAGAAAAAUUACUUAAUGGGAGGAAUCUGUAAACAUGAUUCGAUCGAUCUGUAUGGGUCUAAAUUACUACAUUCAGUAUUAUAGGCGUGGCGUUUUAAAAUAAACUAAACAAACGCCUUCUGUAUGCAAUGUCACAAUUUUAAGUAAAAAAAUGGGAGCACAUGAGUUGCGUCUAGUAAAAAAAAUGUACACGAAUUGAGUCGCAAAAAAUCCAGAACGCAAUUCGUGUAUUUUAAUCAGGGGUUCUUCAACUAAAAUAAAUAAUAAAUAACAAUUAUAAAUAUAACCACGAGUCAAUCAAAAAUUGGUUUAUCAAAUGUAAAAAAAAAAAAUAAAUAAAUGUUAAAUCACUUAAAUCUAAUCAAAAUUAAUGUAGUUCGUAAUAUCAUAAAAUAAAUAAAUAAUAAUAAUAUGAAUCAAAAUGCGAGUAAAAAUAAUAAUAGUAAUAAUAAUGAUACGAAUUUGCUUAUUGUUGCUUAUCAACCAGGCGUCGAUAAAAAAAUCCAUUCAUAAUCGUAAUUUAUACAUAUCGAAACAUAAUAACAAGCUCCCUUAUAAUUAAUGCAUCACAGAGAACCCCUGAAAACGAAAUAAAAAUCUACUACUUAAUCAAUACAGUGAGACAAAAUUCGUGUAUAUCUUUUUUACGGGACGCAACUGAGGUGCACCGAAAAAAAAUGCGGUCCAAUUACCCAUUUUAUUGUUUUUGAUGACAGAUUCUAAGCGAUUUCGCAUAAAUGAUGUACUUUUCGUGUUAUUUAUGCGGUAUUAAAAUAUAUCUCGCAUUCACAUAGUGAAAUCGCUCAUUUCAUUAUGAAUUGGACGUCAAGAUCGUGAAUUUUGACGAAAAUAAAUAACAUAGAUAUCCCCAUUUCGUGAAAUAGAUGUACCUGUAUUACACUCUGUGCAAUUAUUAUGAAACGAAUCAUUUUUAAAAGGUAAUAAAAACGAAGUCAAUAGUUAUAGAUCUAUCACAAAAAAUUUAAUUAUUUUUAAAUUAUUUUCAAAAAUGUUAAACACGUAUAUUACACCGAUAUGUAAUCAAUAUUUAAUAAACGAGCAGCACGGGUUUCGUACAGGCCGCUCAACUAUAACAAACUUAUGCAUUUUUUAACAAAACAUUAUUAAUUCUUUCAAUAAUGGAGCUCAAACUGAUGUUAUAUAUACACAGAUAUGGAAAAGGUUUUCGAUAGAAUAGAACAUGACUUAUUAAUCACAAAAUUUAAGGAUUUUGGAUUUGAAUAUCCCAUGUUGAAUUGGUAUAAAUCAUUUAUAACAAACCGUAAACAAAUUGUUAAAUGUACAAUUUUUUUUCUUAACAGAUAUCUGUAACUUCGGGAGUUCCACAAAGUGUUCAUGUAUCACCACUUCUUUUCUCUAUUUUUAUAAAUGAUCUUCUAGACGUAAUUGUUUAUUCUAAUAUGUUACUAUUUACUGACGAAGCAACAUUUUUAAAGAAAUAAAAAAUUUAAAAGAUUUGAAAAUUGAUUUAAAAAAUAUCCAGGAUUAGUGUUUCGGAAAUAAUUUAUCCUCGAACCUAAGUAAAUGCUCAAAUAUUUCGUUUAUUAUUAUUUAUGUUUUAUUAUCAAAACAAAAUCCUAUCAUAGUUCAUUAUAAUCUAAACGUCCAAUUAAUAAAUAGAGUCAAUAUUGUAAAAUGGUCUUAGUAUUAAUGGAAUUUUUAAUAAGUCAUAUUUUAGGAUUUUGUGCGUGUUCAGAAUAUGUUCUAAGGAUUUUGAUUUUAUUUAAAGUUUAUAAUCGCGCGGGCCGUUAAAUGGGCUAGAACUAGAAUUUAUUUCUUUUUAGAACAUAUUUUGGUAAUUUGUGUGACGUAACUGCAUCAUACAUAUUUAAUAGGUUUUAAGGGCAUAUUUCUGUCGGUCCAAUACAACAUUUAGCGUUAUAUUUUCGUAUAGUUUAAAUGGUCACAAUAGUUUGUCUCAUAAUAGUUAUCUAUACAAAGUGUCCAACAUAGGUAUUGUCCAAUUCAUAAAAUGGACAUCCGUUUCAUGAAUUGGAUGACCGUUGACCAUAUAAUGUAGUUUCGUAAAAAUUCACGAUCUAGACGAAUUUCGCUGUCUGGACAAUAAACGAUUUCACCGUGCGGAUGUGACACGUGAAUUUUAAUAUUUAACGUUUUGAAAAAUUGUAAAUGAUAUAGUUUCAUGUUAUCAAUUAAAUUCUGACAGUUAUCAUAAUGCUAAUGAUUUCCUUUAUGCGAUUUAUACUGCGAUCAGUGCGAUUUAGCGGUUAAUGCUAUUGUUAACUGCCUCUCGAUAUCUUCAAAUUGUGUUCGAUAGUGACCGUACGUGUGGGCACGAAUACAGGACAAGAUUCCGGGAAACGCGGGGAGGGGCUUCAUAAGUAACAGUAGCAUUAUGAUACUUUACGAGUAGCGUUUUUUAAAUUUCGGUAGAGGGGUUGAAUCUUUGUAUACGUGUCUGGACCGUGUGUCUGUUUGCACAGGUAUGCCCAAAGAUGCCGUUUUAACCGACUAUUUUCAAUGUCGGGACACUCGAUAUUUGCCGGCCGGUCACCGUUGUAAUUUCAAGGCGGAAUGUUUACACGGUGACGACGAAACGGGAUGCGAACCGCCGCCACCGUGCGACGAUCGACUUGAAUUUCAAUGUGACAGCGGCCAGUGCGUGAAGUCCGAAACACGCUGUGACAACCAGUACGAUUGUUGGGACAAAACCGACGAAAUCGGAUGCGGUAAGUUCGUGGCUUAUACGAAAAAAAAAAGUUUAUAACCGUUACGGUCGACAUUCGGAAAUAUUACACUAAACAUUUGGCAAACAGGUACGCGGAUCAAAUUUUUAUCGGUUUUUCGAAAAUCCUCGAAAUUUUGAUUCGUCGUAUCGAUUAUUGUUCUUAUAUGUGUGACACUAUAAAAAUACGAGAAAUUCAAAGGCGCGGUUUUUUUUUUUUUUUUUUUUUAUAACUUCAGCGUUUAAAGUUUAAAAUUCGACGAAAAUCAUAUCAAAAUCACGGCAUUUGACAUCAUAAUUUUCGGUUUACGUGUUCCUAUACAACUUUGUUUUGGGUUCCGUAAAAACGGUAAAAAUUUCGAGACGAAAAAACACGGACAAUUGUUAUUAAUUUCGUAGUCGCGAAUUAGUUACUACAGUUUUCAAUAUAAUAUAUUGAAAACAUGUUUAACCGAACUUCGCUCUAAAUCGUUUCUCGUCAGCGAUGAUUUAUCGUUGCGCAUGCGGAUAUAAAUCAAAAUUACCCCGUCCGGACUUUUCAUCUAAAUCACCGGCACGCCCGUGGCACGGGCCGUGUCGGUGUUUUCCGUCGAAUUUUUACAAAUCCGUACAGUGUUGUAUAAUUUCCGGUUGAUUUUAUUUACAAGAAUUUUGAUUUUCCGGUCCGUUAUUUUCCUCGCACAAUAAUGUGUAUGGCAUUAUACUUUAUGACGGGGCGAAUAAAAUAACUAUACACGUAUCACGAUUCCGUUGUAAUGAUUUGUUGCAGCCAACACGACGUGUCCCGGCCCGGAUUGGUACAGAUGCGAAAUCGGUGGACAGUGUUUGAAGCCGGAAAAACGGUGCGACCACUGGGUCGAUUGCACUGUAGACGGUUCGGACGAGAAAAAUUGCUGUGAGUAUUUCGUUUCCCACUCUGCACGGGUGUACUAUAAGUAUACGUGUGUAUGUGCUAAUUGACUCGCGGACGAUUAUUUACGCGCGCCGGACACGUGAAAUAUGAACUGCGCGAAACACAAUAUUAUUACUUUUUUUCUCUGUGUUUUUGGCAGGUGCGCUUUACCUCCCCGCACGGUCGCCUAACAUUUUUACGAUCCGUUAGCGCGCAGAGAAAAAAAAAAAAAUCUCCGUUUGAAACGCUACUCGUAUACAUAUAAAUUUUAGGCGUCCCGCCGCCUAUAAACCGGACAUCUCACUCCCCCGAAAGCACCCCCCGAGAAGUCGUUAUAUAGUUUACGCACGCGUUUUUAUUUUAUUCGGACGAUAAUAAUUCACGGGGGACUACCGUUGAACACACGGUUAAUUGUUCGGGUGUGUGUACAAUCGGAUAGGUAUGGGGGGUACCUGUGCCUACACUGCACGACGCAGUCGGAAAAAAACGACGUCGAGUUUGUUAUAAAAAGGGUUUUAAAAAAAAAAAAAACAACCUCCGUAUGCGUGUGUACCCACCCAAGUAUUGUUGCAUAAUAGUAAUGUACACGUGUGUGGCGUUUGUAACACUUCGCGGUUCGUAAAUCGAAAUUAUCCCGGCUUUAAGUAAAAGUUUCGUUUUAUACGACUAAAAAACGAGUCGAAUGUUAUAUUAUUUAUAGCUUAGAAAAAAAAAAAAUCACUUGUGCCCGAAUUAAUAGGUGUAGGCGUGUAAUAGUCGAUUGCCGCGAAACGUUCAGGCGAACGAGUUUCACCGUUAGAAUAAUAUUAUAUUUCUCCGCAAUCGGUUCGUCGUGCGCCUGUAAUGCGGUUAUCGGAAACUGUGAUUUCAGUAAAAUAUAUUCUAUCGCACUAUCAAUGCCUCUAUUCCUCUCUAAUCAGUCCACUCCCGGAGUCCGCUAGUCUUAUUUGGGAAACCGAUAUUCCAAGCAAUCGAACCGAAUCCAUUCAAAACAAAGUUCUGCGCUAAUAUAUUAUGUUAUAAUUGCAAUGUUACCAUACAACCUCACUCUGAUUACGAGAGUAUUAAAUCUAAUUAUUAAAUUCUAAAACUUUCAAAGAUAGAAGAAUUAAUUUUUAUGCCGCGUUUCCGAAAAAAAACUUUUUAAGUAGGGAGAUUGACGAUUUUUUCCUUUUAGGUCUAACAAACUUUGAAAUAACCAUUAUAAUGAUACGGGACAAAAACCGCUUCUAUGCGUGUCGAUUUUCUAAAAAAAUGUUUAGCGUGUUCUCCUAUUAAUACUAUUACAAUCCGCCGGCAAUAUAUCGAUGAUAAACUAUUUACACGAUAAGUUACUUUAACCUAAUUUAUAUAAUAUACACAACUUAAUUAAUGAUGUUUAUUUCAAAUGUAUAGUGUGAGAACUUUAACGUUCUUUGUUCAUACAUCUAUUCUUAUUAGUUAUUAAUUUUGAGGUACUAUCAUUGUUGUCAUUAUAAUAUAAUUUUGACUUUAUAUCCGUUAAUAAGUAAAUAAUAAUAUCCAUUUGAAUACUGCACAUUAAUCAUAUUAUUGAACAGUGUUACAACUCGAUAAAUCAUGUUUUGACGAGAAGAUUUUACGAAAAAAUUAAACAUUUUUUUUUUUUUUUCUAUAAUCAUCCAAUUUUUGAUUUACGGUUGUUUAUAAAUACCACGGACGUUAUAACGGGGGGCGGGGGAGAUAGAUCCCCGUAAAAUACGAUUUUUUUUCAAAUAACGACGCAACGAUUUAAUUAUUUAAAAUUGUUACUUUUUUUUUUUUUUUUUUAUUGAAUUUUCAGUCUAAUUAAUAACCAAGAAUGUAGUUUUUUUGAUUUUCUUUGCAGUUUUUGAAAUAAUUGAGGAAAAACCGAAAACUGCGUAGAAAUUACUGAACAAUUUACGAAAGUAAUAAUUCUGUUAUUAUUUCAAAAUUUUGCAUUUUUAAUAUAAUUCAGUUAAAAAUAUUCGAGGAGACUUGAAAUUUUGAUGAAAAACUUAAAUUUGCUUUUGUAGACGUAAUAAAAUUUUCAAAACAUUUGAGUCAUUGUUGAGUUAUUUAUGGACAUUUUAACUUUGUGAGUUUUUAUUAUGUAAUUUCUAGUUGAUAGGUACUUAGUGAAUGAAAUUUUUAGACUUAACAGAAAUGUUUGAAUAUUUGACAGGAGGUUUAUUAUAUUUCUUACUUAGUGGUAAAAAUAAAAUCGAGUGCAAUGUAGUAUUUUUUUUUUUUUAAAUACAAGCGUUUUAAGAUAAAAUUUUAUCGAAAAUCAUAAAAAUUACGGCCUUUCAAAACAUUUAUAAUCGAAUCUGAAUCGUUAUUCGUUAGCAAUUGGUUUUCGUUGGUUACAGGUAUAAAUUAAAUAACUUCAUGCAUACCACCUUCCCGAAUACCCACCUACAACAGUGGCCGCACCCGUUCCAAGUAUCGGGUCUUUUUUUAAUGUUAUAGGUACCACUAUAGUUUAACAAUGUAUCGGUAUUAGUGAAAUACAUAGUUUUAAAUGUAGAAAAUAAUACUUUUAAAAAUCCGCCGUAGGUACUUAUACAUUUUAGAACUCUCGUCGCGUACUCAUUGAAUCGCCUGUGUAUUAGGUUACUCAUACUGUAGUAGUAUAGUGUAUUGUAUUACUUAAAAAGUAAACGCAAUAGUAGCAAGUUAACGUAUGUAUUAUGAAUAUACUAGUGUUGAGUCGUAUAUUCGUACGACCGGAAUCUGACACCCGGAUAAUUUAAAUUGCGAAAUCCGAAUGUACUCUAAUUUUAUAGUGCCUAUUCGGAUCUCUGUACUUCCAUAGCUAUUCAAAUAUUUCUUUUUAUUGUGACUCAUGAGAUUAAUUGUAAACAUUUUAACUAUAUAAUUAAUUGUUGGUUAUUAGCAAGAUUUCUGUUGAUUUAAUGCUUCUUUUAAUAUGCACGUGACCAUACUACAUAACCAAAAUAUUCUUGAUUACAUUGCUCGAGUAUUCGAUUAACAAAGAUAGUUGAACAGUAGAUACAAACAAAUAUCACGUGUAAAACCCGAGUAGUACUUGCAGAUAUUCGAACAUCACGGAUAUUUUUGGAUUGUACAAAUCGUACGAACAACCAAAUAUAUCAGAAUUUAUUUUUCUUCACAUUUUAAAAUAUUCGGCAGUUCUAACACUAAGUACCAUCAGUUGGCAUUUUUUUUUCCCCAUAACGGUUGUCGACCGAAUUUUUAAAACUGAACGUGUUCGACGUUAUUCCCGUCAACAUCAAAAUAUAAUAAGUAUAGCAGAGAACACGACUGCGGUACUAAAAAGCAUAUUCCGAGAGUAGAAAAUUCGAAAACACGAACACGUCAAUGUUAAACUACUGAAAACUGUAAAAUCAAUAUACAAACUCGUAUAUAGUAAGUGAUGUGUUUAGAUUUUUAUUGCCCCAUUUAAUUAUAUUAUUCUCCGUGCCGUAGCUGUUCUUUAUUGCUCAGCGGUUUUUAUUUUUUACGUUCGUUUCUCAUCUCGCAUCUACAACAAACCUUGACUUGUUCACUCCGCUAUAUACAUUUAUUUAAUGUUCAAAGAAAAGUAGUGAAGUGUUUUGAAAUAAUAUUAUUGUUAUUAUUAUUAUUUUUUUUUAUACUGUAGUAUACCCCGAAAGAAUAAUACGUGUUACUAGCAAAGUGGAAUAUCGGACAAAGUACACAUUGCUCGGGCAUUGUGAUACAGCCCGAUUUUGAUGGGUAAUAUAGGUAAAAUUAUGGUCCGGGCAAUACAGAAUUGCCCGGUGCAGCUUGGGCAAUGUAAACCAUACAGUUUAUGAUGUAAACAAUUACCUAUAUAGAAAUAUGAGUUUCUAUUAUUAUUACUAUUAGACAAUAAACAAAAAUGAUUACGUACAAUUGUACAAAAAUUAUUUUGAUUAUUCAAAAAAAGAAAUUAUUAGAUUUUUCACAACACUUAGGGGUAUCCUGUGACAAUACCAACUUUAGUUUUUCAUACCUCCAUGUUUUAAUGCAAACGGUCAGUCAGAUGAUUUUUCUGAAAAUAUUGACGUAUUGUAAUUUAAAUUUGGAUAAAAAGUUUCUGAGUUAUUCUAUUUAAAAUAAGGAUAAUAAUUGCACGGUUCUUAACAAGGAACUGUUACAAAUUGUAAUUACUUAGUAACAAAUUAAUUGUUACACAAUUUCUAUGAUACAUUCUGUAUUAAUCCCCAUAGAAAGCUAAUAUCCUUUAGUAUUUAAAAUAGAAUAACUCAGAAACUUUUCGUUCUAAUUUCGAUUACAGUAUGACAAAAUUUCCAAAAAAAAUAUCAUCCGAUUGAUAAUUUACACCAAAACAUGUAAGUUUCCAUUUGAAAAACUAAAGUUGUUAUAACCACAGGAUACUCAUUAAAUGUAGUGAAAAAUAUAAGUAGACGAAAAUAUCGCGUUUCACUACACUAAAAAAAUUACAAAACUCUGAAUUUAAAUUCAUGUAAAAUUUAAUCAUACAAAUUGGGUCAGCACGUUUAAAAAUAUCACUAUAAUUAUAUCUUUAUAGUUAUAAAAAAAAAUAAAAUUAUGCAAAUACCUAAUAAUAGUUCUUACAAAGCAUCACUAUCAAUUGAACUUCCCUUAGAAUCGUUUUUUCGUAAGCAAUAGGUUAUCGUUGCUUACAGGUAUACAUUAAAUUAUCUAUAACAGUGGCUGUACCAGUCCCCAUUAUCCUAAGACGUAUUUUUAUAUUUAAAUUUCGUGUUUUCAAAGAAAAUACCGGAUUUUAAAUAUCACUACAGAAAAAAAAUGUAAAAACCUCCGAUAGCCAUAUAUAUUUAAAAAAAAAAAAAACGGCGGCCAAUCGAUUAUACGAAAUUCGACUCAAAUGCCGGAGUUCUGAUGCUUACAGGUGUUUUUUCAUUAUGAUGAUAAAUAUUCAAUUUAUUCAUCAUAACAUUAUUCAAUUCUCUAUAAAUAAUAAAUAUCGAAUUUUAUUUCAAACGAUUUCUGUCCAAACAUUAUUUAUCUUCGGAUCUUCCGGAGUAUGAUCCGAAUUCAUUAAAUAUUAACGGUCAAGCGGCAUUUCCGUUAUUAACUGCAUUAUAUUAAUAUUAUAUCGCGCCAUUUUAAAUAUUUUCUUUUUAUUAAUUUCUAUGUAGGUAUAAUGUAUAUUUAACCUAAUCUUAAUAAGUCCGCCGUGCCGCGAUAAAUUAAUAAUUUAAUUCACGAAACUUCCAUUAAAAUUUACCGUCUUUUUUUUUUUUUUAAGUGUUGCUCGGGGCAGCUUCCCCUGUUAUUAUUCGUAUAUAUCCAUAUCUUAUAAAUAUGCAUUCUGCGGUAAUUUAAAAUGUAUACGGUGAUCACGAAUUGUUGAAUUUGUAUACUAUUAGAAUGCAAUUAAUUUUUAAUGCUGAAGUCGACGUUAACAUUCAUACUAUAUUUUUGUACACAAUAGUAAUUAUAAAAUAUAAAAUAUUAAGUUAUCCGAAAUCUAACACACAAUAAAAAAAAAAAAAAAAAAAAUUUAAAUUAAUCAAUACUGCCAGAUUCAAAAUAAUAAUUAUGUUAUGAAUUAAUAUAUAUUAUUAUUAAUUAAUAAAUUAUUUUGACAGCGUACAAAUCAUGUACACUUGACGAAUUUCAAUGCGACAAUGGUCAAUGUAUUCCGCUAAAAUAUAAAUGUAAAAAAACCGAAGACCAACGAACGGGAUGUGUGGAUCAAUCGCAUUUACAAAAUUGCGGUAUGUUAUACGUUUUUUUAUUAUCUACAUGAAAAAAAUGCUUACGAUAUUAUUUGUUGUCCGGUAAUUUUAGAUAGGUAUAAUGUUUCAAAAGUAAAUACUUUUCGAGUACAUUGUAUUAUUUACAGAGUGAUAAACAUAACGUAGGACACGCAUUAUUUCGAAAACUAUUAAAAUUUUUCGAAAUUCGUGUUUUAGAACAUUUAAAAACUCUAAAAUGUAAAAUUGUUUUUUUUUUUAUUACAUUCUUAUUUUAGGUGGUUAAGCUACUACUUAUUUUUGAUUUUCAAAUGGAAACCUCUGUUGAAAAGUCCAUAAAUAGAUCGAUUAUUAGUUUAAAUCAAUUUCGGUAUUGACAUUUUCAACUUCCAUCAACCUGUUUACGAGAUUUUUCACUUUUAGGUUUCUGCGAAAAGAAUGGUUUCACCCAUUGAAAUAAGGGAGGCAAUAGAAAUUUAAAAUUUUAGAGCUAUAAUUUCUUAAAUAUUAUAAAAAGAAAUUUAGAAAAAAAUUAAUAAUUUCAGAGAUAAUUAGUGGCUUACGUUUUGUUGAUCAUUCUGUAGAGCUGUUCCCCGUGGUUUAUCUAGUACCAGUAUUGAAGGGAAAACAAAUAAAUAAAAACGUAUUUUCCAUGACCUAAGUUUUCAUCCCUGUCUUUAUUACUGUAAUUUACCGUUGCUUUACAUGUAUUUAAACAAAUGUAAUUUCUUUAAUUUUCUUUUCAUUAUUUAGGAGUUGAAUUUCGAAUGAAUUCUGUUUUAGCUGUCACCUAGGUACAUUGUCUAAGGAACUUGUGUGCAAAAUUUCAAGCUUUUAGACCCAGUGGUUUGGACCAUGUAUUUUAUACCCUGCUCGACAUUGCCCGCGUAUAGUAUUGAAACAAAAAAAAAUACAAUUGAAAAUAUAAAAACUCAUCUCACUGUGUUUCUCCGUGAUUUUCCGUUUCCGCUUCGUAUAUCCUACAAUAGAUUAUUGUACCCAAUAAUUUUUUUUUUAUAAGGGUAGUUUUUAGCUUGUAACAGUCAAAUUAACUAAUAAUAGCUGUUUUUUUUUAUUCGUGUAACCAAAGUAACCCAUAAAUCGACAAAAAUAAUUAGGUUUUCAUUUCAAUAUUACAAUAAACCCCGUAUCAGCUUUUAGGUGCUGAAUUUCUGGAUUAAAAAGUGGCCUUUCUCAAUGAAUGGGCUACCUAAACUAAUUUUUUUAAUUGGAGUGAUAGUUCUUGAUAUUGGCUCUUUGAAACAUAGUUACAAACUAUUCAGCUUUAUAUAUUAGUAUAGAUAAUGUUGGAAAGUUAUUAUGAAUAAAACUGCGAGAGAGAAAUCGUUUUAAUAAUAAUUCAAUAGAGGUAUUUAUUACGUAAUGAGGAGAAUAUUUCAAUAGACGGGGAAAAUAGGCUUCCGUAGAAGUUUAUCUAGGCAGCAAGUUAAUGAUGAUUACUUUUUUUUUUUCGUAAAAUCAAUUUUUUUUUGUAAUAUAUUUAAUGCAUUUCCAAAACGGUAGGGAGAGAAAAUAUUCGAUUUGUUACGAGCACCUUCACAUCACUCUAUUCUACGUAUUUUCGGAAUCGUGUUUUAUUUGUGAAUUAAAUAUUGGACUUUGAGUAUUUUUGUGGAUUUAAUGUUUUGGACAUAUAAUAAUUUUGCGAAUGAUAAUAUUGGAUUUAGGAUAUUUUUCGAACUUGUAUUUUUAUUAUGCGAGUAUUGCUCAGAGUUGAGUUAAUAUUGCGUGUACUUACAUCUAUCACCGUUCUCCUACAUUGGGCGUGAAAUGGUAUUUAGAGGGCUAGAAACCAGGGAAUAAUAACAAUACAAGUUUCACAUUUUCUUGCGAACGCGUAUAUUUCAAAAAUUGUUUAAAUUUAUCGAGAUUUUAUCGUACGUAUUAAUUCUGUUAAUGCCUCAACGGACUCAAUGAAGAUUAUUGAUAUUUGCACAUAGUAUUAAUGAUUUUUAUCAGGCAAUUCUACAUGCGCUGAAAACGAAUACAGAUGCCACGAGGGAUUUUGUAUAAAACAAUCAAUGGUAUGUAACGAUCAUGUGGAUUGCGAUUUGACGUGGGACGACGAAGAGUGCCGUGAGAAUUCAUUUAAACAUUUUAUUUGUUUUAUUCACCAAGGUAAGAAAAUUAAAAUUCUAACGGUUAAAAAUUUCAGCAUUCAAGUGUUCGGAAAUCACAGACAACUGUUUGUGUCAAGACAUUCAUGUAAAUUGCACCGGUAGCAACCGGUUCCCGUUUGACGUAGAAAAGGAAAUCACGUUCUUGUUAGUACCCACAUAAUUUGCUAUCAAUAUUAUUAUCUGUAUAGUAUAACGGAAAAACUAUGUUAAUAUAAUUUAAAUAAAAAAUAAAUAAUAACAAAUAUAUAUUAAACAUAAAUUCUUGUUGUAGCCAUUUAGCCGGCAAUAAUUUUUCUGGUGAUCUUCAUUCGAAAACGUUUCAAAACCUGGGUCGAUUAGUUCAUUUGUAAGUUUAUAUAAAACCUAUGUCGUCAAUCAUGGUUGGAUAGACGAUGAGAUUGUUAAUUUUUUUAAAAAAAACAUAAUUUUCUGAUAAUUUCUAGAGACUUGAGGAACAAUUCGAUAACACAUCUGGAACCGUUUAUGUUUUCUAUGCUUUUGCGUUUGAAAACGUUGAAUUUACAGAAUAACAAUAUAACGAUUUUGCAGAAUGGUUCAUUUAACGGACUGAACCGGCUGACGGGAUUGUGAGAUUAAUUAAUUAUUAUAUAGUUAAGCAAUGUUGCAAUGUAGGUUCAGCCUCUCAUUAACUUCUAUACAGAACAGAAUUUAGCUGCGAAAACUAAUAUUUGCGUUGCCCCCUAGUUUGUAGUAAUUACUACAAAACUUAAAAUUAUUCAAUGUUUAUAAGUCAGAUUCAUAGAAAUUGGAAUUACGUAUAUUUUAUACAUAAUAUUUAAAUUAACAUUAUUGAAAUUAAAGGAAAAGUUAAAAGUUCUGUAGUUAUAAUAAAUAUAAUAAAACCUUCGUAGUUUUAUUUUGAAACACUGGAGAUACUUUUUAAAAAGUAUUUUUAAUAUUACAAUUUUGUAUUUAAAUAUUUAUAUUAUCAUUAUUGAAAUUAAAGAAAACGCCCAAUGGCCUGUGGUUAAAAUAAUCAAAAUAACCCUUCGGAGCUUUUUUUUAAAUACUGGGAACAAUUUAAAAACAAUUAAUCUUCUUUAAAUUUGUUUUAUAGUUCAGCAUACCUCGUAUCUUUAAUAUACUAACUUAAGUCUUAUUUCGAUAAAAUCUUGGACCUGAAGUAAAUUUUUAAAAUUUAAAUAGAAUGUCAAUCUAUUUUACAUUUUAACUCCGGGAUUAAAUUAGUUCUAUUAUUCAUCUAUUAUUAUAAAUAAUCAGUUCAAAUUUUAAAAAAGUCACCAACCAAUCUUUAGCGUUUCAGUUAUAACAGAUUAAAUAAAUUGUAUAAAUAAUGAACAUUAAAAUGUUAACACGCACGUAUUGGUUCGUUCAGUGGAGAAGUAUUGUGGAGUAUUAUCUGAUUUUCAGUAAAACUGUACUCGACCAUCCGACUCGAAAAAUACAUAAUUAUUUUAUUACCAUAAUAAAUAGAAUACAGUCUAAGUAGCAUAAUAAUACGAUUAAAAUUCGUUUGUGACUAUCCGUUCGCUAGUUACGGACAUAUUUAACAUUACGCGUGACGUCAUAGAUUCGUUCGCCGCGGCGGCAGCCAUAUAUAAUACGCGGCAAUAUUUACCCCCGUUUUUGAUUUAACGUAAAAAAACUGCUGAUGAAUUAAUUUUUUUCGAAUUAAUCAAAUGUAUUUAAGAGUAAAUCAUAAUAUUUCUAUUCGUACGAUAAACUAUAUCACAUUUUGGUUCAAUGUUUUAGGAAAAAAAUAACACGAAUUUACGAAUUUGCCAUACAUUCACUGUGAACGCGUGUAAUAACUGUUUGGGCGAUCGUGACUUCGUGUACCUUUUAGAACCAUUUUAUCAAUCUACAGUUAAGAGUAUUUAAACUCCAGUCAAUUUUAAUCCCCAGUUAAACUAGAAAUGUGAUUUUAUUUUCACUCGGUAAACAUUUUAACCGGACUGAAACCGUAGAAUAGUUAAUCCGAGAUAUUUGCCCGGUUAAGGAGAUUAACAAGAGAUUAGGUACAAUGUUAUUAGUAAAUAUCACGUGAUAACAUUUUGUGCGAUUUUAUUAAUUUCAAAUGAUUUUUUCUUUUGACAAUCGUUAAACCAUACAGAUAUUUAUAACAUUAAACGGCGAUAAGACUAUAAUAUUGUUGUGGAAAAUAUACAUCGAUGAUAUGAAAUUAUAUAAAAUUAAAAAUAUACUCAUAGCAGUGCCACGGAAUAAUGAAUAUGACCAGCACUCUUAUGACAGUGCUGUAUCGCAAUACAUUUUUGUUAUCAAUGUGAUAUGAUUAUACGAAUAGAAAGAUUAUGAGAUACUCUCAAGUGCAUUUGAUUAGGUCUUUCGAAAUAAGACUAAGUUCAUAAGCAGUUACUUUACGUUAAACCAAAAACGAAUAAAUAUUGCCGUGUGUUACAUAAUAUGGACGCCGACGCGGCGAACGAAUCCAUGACGUCAUGCGCAAUAUUAAAAAUCGCCGUAAUUAGCGAACGGAUGUUCACAAACGAAUCUUAGCGGUAUCAUUUUUUUUCGUCAUGAGUACUAUAAAGCCGAAGAAAAUUGUUCGAGUUGGAUGGUCGUUUCCAGUACAUAAGCAUGAAAAAUAUAAUAGAAAACAAGACUUUAAUUUUAAAUUAAGUUAUUAACGUUACAUAAAUUAAACAUUAAAUAAUACGAUUAUAAUGUAUUUUUAUAGACAUUUGAACGGGAACAAAAUUAGAAAAUUGAAUUCUUUCGCGUUUGUCGGUUUAUAUGAUUUGCUUACACUGUGAGUAUAAUAAGUUAUAAUAUUAGAAUCAUAAAGUAGAUUUGUUUAAAGUCUAAUAUCGUUUUGCAUAUAAGGUUCGAUGACUGUUAACUGCUUUCCUAUUAAACGUUGCCCGCUUAUUAAGACAGAUUUAGUUCAACGCUCAUUAAGCCCGGCAGGUUAAACUUAUUUGAGGUUAUGUAAUUGUUAAAAACUUUUUAGUGAUGUGUUUGUGUUUAUUAUCUAUUGUUUACUUUAUGAGUGUUAUUAUUUAUGUGCAAUUGAGUUGAUUGUAUUUGUAUUCCGGUAAUUCUUUCUUAUUAUCAUGUCUGGAUGCAUUUUAGCGUCGGUAGUGGUAAGAUUGGUUCGCGAUUUUUUUACCGAGUAUUGAUUCCGAUCCCGCGUUGUAGGUGGCUAUGCAUGUGUAUAGACUCUUAUUACGUCUCCCCUUUAGUAAUUUAAAAUUUUAUUUUUCGUGUAUAUAUAUUUUUUUUUAUUAAGUAAUAACCUCAAAUAAGUAGGUAUAACCUGCAGCAAUCGUGAGUAGAAUUUGAGUUAAAACUGCCUCAGCAAGCGGAUAACUGAUAAGGGCUAGUUAACGGAUCUUAUUUACGAAUACCGUGGUGUUUAAUGCGAAUUUUGGUUCAACAGUGACUUGAGCAAUCAGAAUAUUUCAGUAAUAGAACCGGACGCGUUCUCCGGUCUCAGAAAGUUAAUAAGUCUGUUAGUACAUAACCUUCUGUUAUAUUAUAUUAUUCAUUUACUUUAUUGUAUUUGCCGGGUUUAACAAGUAAUCUGUGUGUUAUUUCAGAGAUUUAAAAUUUAACUCGCUCACUCAUAUUCGGGACGGCACGUUUCGUGGAAUGCCUCAAGUGGUGUUUUUGUUAGUACAUACCAAACUCUAUUAACUUUAUUUUUCCACCGUGAAAUUAAGUAUUAAACGUAAUAUUUUAUUUUGUACAGAGACCUAGCGCACAACCCGGGUUUAAAAGUUAUCGAACCGGACGUUUUUUACACUAUGGAGUCUUCACUGAAAACAUUGUGAGUUAAUAUGUUGAAAUAAUAAAAUUUUACCGAGUUAUUUGUUUUUAUUUUUCAUCAGCAAUAAUAAAUCUAGUGUAAUUAUUUUUCAAUUGUAGUACGGUCACAAAAAUAAAAAAAAUAAUAAUAACGAAUGUUCAUUAUCCGGUUUUGCUCAUAAUUUUUAAUGGGUAUUUUAGAAUAUAUCCAGAAGUCGUUCGCGAAUAUAAUAAACACGAGGGAAUGUUGAUUGAAAAAUUAAAUCGAAAAUCAAUAUUUCGAGUUCGCCGAAUCCUAGAUAAUAUUGUUUUUAUCGAAUUUUCCUCGAGUAUAGAGGCCAUUACACUGUAACUAUUAUGCAUGUUAUACUCGUUUAUGUUUACAUCUUUUUCCUGAUACACUCGAACACUCUUAGCGGCUGCCUCGGGACAAAAAUAAUUCAAACUCGGAAAUUUGAGGUUUUUUUUUUUUUAAUAGGUGAAUUAGAACAAUACAAUGUUGGUUUAGUUUCAAUAUGAACUUAGUUUCAAAUGCGGAAGGAGGGUGUUUUUUAACUUCGCACACCCAUGCAGACUCUCCAAAUGCUGAAUAUGCACGGUGUAAAUAUCAAGGAUAUUCUUUUUGAUUGUUUUAACUUUCGACCCCCUCCCCAACCAAUGUUAUGCUCAGAUUUUAUGUUUUCACGUAAAAUUUCGGGUUUUAAAUACCCAUACAGACGCACGAAAGUAAGUAACUCGGUUAAAAUGUAUACGUAAAAAUAGAAGCGUUGUCGAAGAUGUAUGCGACUCGAUAUAAACCGUAUAGUUCGAUAUUUUACACAAUUAAGAUUCGUUUCAAUUAUCUCAACUUAAAUUCAAGUUUUGCAUUUUUUACCAUACGACAAACCCGAAGCUUUCGUUUUCGUGUCUUUUGACCUCGAAUAACGUUUGAAACGUACACGGUCUCGAUUGGGACUUUUCGCAGAUUAUUUAUAACGGCGUUAUAAACGCGUAUACGUACAGGUAUACCAGACGUUAACUGUACGGUACCUAAUUUUCCCGAGUCGAAAUCCUAAUUUGACCGGGCUAAACUGUUGUGCUGUGUACGCUGCAUUGCAGGGCCACGACCGCGUUCAGGUUCUGCUGUCUGGCCCCGUUCGUGACCCAGUGCACGCCGCUGCCAGACGAGUUCAGCUCGUGCGAAGACCUCAUGUCCAAUAUCGUGUUGCGCGUGUGCAUAUGGAUACUGGCCGUGGUGGCCAUCUCAGCCAACCUGAUGGUGAUCGUGUACCGGGCCAAGUACCAGCACAACAACCAGGUGCACUCGUUCCUCAUCGUCAACCUGGCGCUGAGCGACGUUCUGAUGGGCUCGUACCUGCUGAUCAUCGCCGUGGUCGACUGGUACUACCGGGGCGUGUACAUCAUCCACGACGCGGAUUGGCGCAACAGCACCAUGUGCAACGUGGCCGGUUUCUUAAGCACGUUUUCCAGCGAGCUGUCUGUGUUCACGUUGACCGGUAGGUGACGGCGAUCCGAAUAAAUAAUAAUAACAGUGUUGGUUUCUAUUUUUUUUUUUUUUUUUUUUUUUUUGUGACCACGUUUUUCGUCGAUUAUAUACCUUUAAUUUCAGGACUACGCUAAGUUCGGGGGCGGGGCUAAGAUUCCCCAAGCCCCCCCCCCAUCCCCGAUUCGCACCUAUGCCUUUGGACGUUAGGAGUUUAGGGGAUGCAAAAUCAACUUACUAUAUAUUAUUCGUUUUCAGUGUGUUACCAUAAAGUUCACUGAGUAUUACAAAAGCAACGGAAAUGUUCGCGCGUUUCGUAUUGCCGUCCGUGUCCGGGGACGGAUUGCAGCCCGGAGAUAACGGUCCUUGAGUUGCGGUCAAUACCAUUUAUUUUCUUUUUAAUCAACUAACACAAGGUUUUUCUUUGUUUUCCGAAAACACUAACACAACGUUUGUCAAAUAAAAAGUGUAAAAGUGUUUAUCCAAUCGAUUUUCUCGUAAAAUAUUUUUUUCUUAGGUAAAAAGAAAUAACUCCGAGAAAAGUUUCACAUCACUCGCAUUAAGAAAGUAAACUUAUAUCUCAAAGACGAAUUUUAAAAUUACAAUUUCUACACGUGAGUUCGUAGCGUUUGAAUUGUGCGUUAUUUUUAUUUACUUAUUUUUCAUUUCCGGAUUUUCUGUGAUUAUCUGAUUGAAGACUUUAAUGGAUUUAGUUUUUUCAAUUAUAAUAGAAUCGUUUUAGUUAAGAGAAUUUAUUUUCAAAACGUAACUCUUAUUCCACUCACCAUAAAUAUUGUACAUCAGAUUUUGAUUUUAAAUCGUCAACCUCGCUCCUGUUUCAAUCAGUUUCGAAAAAGGAAUGACUCUCUAAACAUUUUGAUAAGUAUAAAACUAUUAUUGGAUUUAACUCAUUUAUGAGUUACGCAUUUAUAACAGUUUAAAAUUUAGACUAGAAGAGUAGGUAGUGGUUAUCAUUGUAUCAAUAACUAUCAUAUACAAAUGGAUUACCAUUUCUUGCAACUCCGGUAUACAUUUUUAUAGAUUUAAACUGUUUAUUCGAUAUUCGAAUAGCAAUGGCUAUUGUUUUAGACUUUUCGUAGUGCACAUACAUAUAUUUGAGUUUGAUACACCAUACACGACGCAGAUGGAAAUUCAAAGUUUCAAUAUCAAACUAUAUUUUAACUAAAACGUCAUCUAUUUGUGGAUUUUUUAACGUGGGGUGCUAUUCAAAAAUCAAAAAUAAUAGUUUUGUUUAACGGUUACGAGAUGAAAAUAAAAAAUACAUUUUUUCUUUAUUUAUGUGACCCUCUGAUAUAAAAUCCGAUUAGAAAAAGAGCUAAUAUUGCUAAUGGGUACACCACUAAUAUAGGUGGUAAGUUGAGAAGGUAUGAUACAUAAAGUUAUUGAAUUUAUAUACGUAAGCAAAAAUAAACCAUUGCUAACGAAAAACGAUUCUGAGUAAAGUUCGUUUAUACAAGAUUACAAACUGUAAACUAAAAACAUAAUCGGUAAAGGUUUAAAAUAAAGAAAUAUUAACGCCAUAUAUAUUUUGUCCGUUUUUAUUUUAUCGCAUUUUUAGGUUUUCCCAAUUAUUGUGAAAACGGUUUAGAAAAUUAAAAAAAUGAUUAGCUUUCUCAGUUACUAAAUCAAAAAUUCAACAAAAUUGGUCUCUUGGAAUUUGUAUAAUUGAAGCAAGAGUUUUGGUAAAAAGCAAUGUGUAUGAAUUUAAAAUGAUGAAAUCGAUCUAUACGAUGGAGUGAUAAGGAUUUUUUUCUUUAAUAAUAUUACCAGUUGGGAGUUGCGACAAUUUCGUUGUAUUUUUAUUAAAACUUUCGUGGAAGAAUAAAUUGUUAUUUUAUAGCCAAUAUAUUUUCAAACCAACCGUUAACAUAUUUUAUUUUAAUCGGAAAUAUCAUAAACACAAAAUAAUGUUUUUGGAGUUGGAGCUAUUACAAAUUAGACCGACGAUGCGACGUUGGUAUUUCGAAAUAACGAAUUUCAUUGUAGCGGUCCAGCUACCAAGAUGAUAAUAUAAUUGCUGUAGGCAAAAUUAUAAUAAUAUUAUUAUUGGUGUGCCUUGUUCCCGAACUUUUUAGGACGAUAUAAUAAUUUAAGUAUACAGGGUGAUUAACAUAAAGUAGGAUACUCAUUAUUUAAAAAAGUUUGUGUAUUAACUUUUUUUACAGAAAAUUUAAGAAACAAGCAGUUCUAAAAUGUUCAUUGUUUAUUGUCUAUUAUUUGUUUUGUGUUUUGGGACUUAUUUUUGGGUGUGGCUAUUACGUGCCCACUUUUUGACGACACUAAUGAUGUUCUCCCUAUUACGUUUCUUCCACUCAAAUUUAUAAGUGGAAUAUCUUGACGAGUGGAUGGAAAUAAUCAAUUUCAACAUCGAAAUGUAUUUAUGCUAAAAUUGUAUUUAUUUAUGGAAUUUUAACUAUAGGCUGUUUGAAAAUAAAAGUGACGGAAAUAUAACGAUAUUGUUUCUCAAAUUUUCUAAAAAAAGUCAAUACAUAUCCCGUGUCUUGCGUUAUGUUGAUCACGCUGUUUAUAUAGCUACGGGGGCGUGUACAAGUUCUAGUUGUUAUGCAGUGGUCGUUCGCCUAGCAGUCGAUCAAAUUUUUAAAUGUCUCGGAUUUUAUUCAACAAGAAAUCAGUGGACCUUCGUCGUUGUCGUCUGCAUUUAUUAUUCUCUAGCUGUCUCUACUAUACAGUGUACCUAACCUACUAAAUUUACUAUUAAUUUCACCGACGUCUCGGUGCGAGUUGCCCAGUAUACUGUGUUCUGUUCCGGGUGGCAGGUCCUUUUAUACUAAUUGGAUAGUUAUAUAUAUAUAUAUAUAUAUAGACGACUGGUAGGCUGCGUUUUACACACAUAUGUUGUGUGUACACACAUGUGUAUACACAGUGGACAGGCUGCACUACACCUACCGGGUUUUAUUUUCACACACAAUAGCCGCGUGUUAAGGUUCGUGAGACGGGAGGGGUAAUGGUGUCCGGCAUCAAAGGCAGUCUCGAAAAUGUUAAAAACCAGUAUAGUCAGCGUAUUGUUGUUGCAGCGGAUUGAUUGAUGAUUUAGCGAAUAUAUUAUAUACGCGCAAUUUUUUUUUUUUUUUUUUUUUUCGGUCAAACGCGGCGUUAACGUGUUAUUAUUAUUACAAUCACGUCUCUGUGCGAAAUAAGAUUUUUAUUAGUAACUGCAUUAUUUCGCGUACAAUUAGACAAUAAAAUAAUAUACAUAUUUCGAAAAAAGGUUAGGUAUAAUAAAUACGGACGUUUUACCAAAAAUGUCAUAGGUUAUAUUUAUAAUACAUAUAAAACAUUUUAUCGUGGGACGGACUGGAACCGAAAAAAAGUCACUGUAAUUUAUUAUACUUUAUAAUAUAUACCAAGACCAUUGUAAGCCGGAGUAUAGUAUUUUCGUAGGUACCAUAUUGCGAACGAGAAUAUAUUAUACGAAAUUGUUAACAUUUUGAAAAAAAGUAUACUUUCGAAAAAGUAAAUUAUAAUGUAAUGUAUGACAAUCGCAUAAAAAAAUUCAACAAACGCCAGAAUGUUUUGAAAAUUGGAUCGUGUCUAUAGAAAUUACCAUUGCAAGUAUUCGGUGAAGAUUUCAGGUCUUUACGAUUGGUUUUAAUAUUAAUUUUAAAAAAAUCAAAAAAACCGUUAUUGUUUAAAUAUUUCAGUUUUCAGACAUUUUUUUCUCCAUUAUUGAGAAAACUAUUCGGAAAAUAAACAACACCUUUCCAGAUGUACUGACUAUAGAUCUUAAAUGAAGUUCCUACAAAGUUAACGAUCGGAGCAAGAUUUCCGGAAGACAAGUUUUCAACAGACAGAGGAAAAAAUAAUAAAAGAAAAAAAGCACACAUUUACUGCAGUGCUAAAAUUAAUACACUUAUCGACCUAUCAUCACCGCUACGUUCAGAAUAAGAAAAAAACCGACGACAGUUAACCGGCGGUUUCGGACGCAUAUUACCGUUUUUCCUCUCGUCAUAACGUAAUUUAAAAAUAAACGGAGGAAAAUAAAACUGUAGAAAGAAAAUACAGAAUGGCCGUCGUCACCGACUCGUAUUACCUGGCUGAAUAGCGAUGUGUUCUAGUGUAGGUACUUAGUAGGUAUAGUAUUAUAUUUCGACUCGUCUGCAAAUGGAAUUCGUUAUAUAUUCACGGAUCCGGUGUUUUGUGCAAUUUGGUAGCCGAUAUGUUUAUUUGCUGUUUUUUCCGGCUCCGCGUAAUAAUCUGAACGCCCCGCGGUUCGCCGCACUCGUAUACGAUAUUUUCGCAUUCCUCGUCUUUUUUCCCCCGCAUGAUUCCGUUUGGUUUUUCGUCACUUUUUUUUUUCAUUCACUCCAGAAAAGCACGAGAACUCGUUGCGUUUUCGUCGAAUAUAUUAAAUAUUAUUGAUGUUUUUCUCUGGGUGUCGGUCGUCCGCGGUAAUUCUGAACUGGUAAUGAUAGAAAUUCUGAGCGCAGCGAAAAAUGUAUUAAUGUAUUGGUUUACUAUGAUGCGUUUUUUUGUGUUUGUAAACAGUUUUUCUAACAGAAAUCUUGUUUGAAUCAAAGAGUUUGUACGACAUAUUCUUGUGGAAUUUUUGAUUUAGUGAUUUUUUUGAAUUAUACUUGUGAUUUUCUCAAUUAAUGAGAAAACCUGAUUAUGUUUUGGAUUGUUGAUUGUUGAUUUCUGGGUUAUUUUGACAACAAGGAUAAAAUACGACUAUAUCAGAGUCAUUUUUCGUAAGCAUAGGUAUUUCAUCGCGUACAGAUAUUAUUUCCUUCCUCCGACUUUCUACCUAAAACACGGUAACACUCACCAACAUUAGACUUUUAUUUUGUCGAACUAUCUUCUAAAAUAAAGACUAUUACACUGUAUUGUGUUCGUAGGAAGUGUAGUAUAUGACCGAUUGUUAGCCUAAUUUAUCGCACGCAGAAGCCUGAAAAUGUACAUACAGAUGCGAAUUAACAAGUCUGUAUGUACCUUAAAGUUGGAUUUCCAAAAUUCAACCACGAAAGGGCGUCAAACAUUUUUGUUUUGAUGAUUUAUAGGUUCCACGGAAAAAAAAAACAGUAAAGUUUACAGUUGAGUUCAAAUUAGUUAAUUUGGUCGGCAUAAACAAGAAAGUUUGUACGUAUUUAAAAAAAAUUAAUUACUGAGCACAACAACGGUUAAAUGUGGUAGGGACAAGGGCGGAAAUCAGGGAAUCUCGGGGAAACACAAGGAAACACACGCCAUUCCAAAUCAUAAUAUUUAAUCAAACUUCGCUCAGAAUUGUUUCUCGUUUAUUAUUGCAUACAGAUAAAAAUUAAAUUAAGCUAUGUAUCUUAACUUAUUCUUAACUUUUGACCUAUAUACGAAAGUACCCAUUAACAGUAUCAGCUAUUUUAUAUUGAGUUCAGUAAAAACAUACAUACAUUUUAUAUUUAAAAUAUCUAGAACAGUGAUUUUGUCGAAUAGAAUUCAAUUAAAAAAUUAUAUAUAUAUAUAUAAUAUAUUGUUUAGUAUAUAAAAUAAAAAAUGGUGUAAUAUAAUAUUACAUGAACAAAAAAAAUAAUUUCAUUAUUUUUAAUAGCACAUAAGUACUCGCCUAAUUUUCAUUAUCUUUUUUGAUUUUAUUUUAAUCUAAUAACAAACAUAUAGGAGUUUAUUUUGUUAAUCGGAUUUUUCUGACGCACUGCCGUCGCUAAAAGUUUUUUUUUUUUUUCAUUUAAAAAUGUAUGUAAAACGCGCUUUUACAAAGUCUGCAGUUUCGUAUUUUAAUAAUUUUGUAGAAAGUUAAUUUUUCAAAUGCCUUUCAGCGAAAAAAAUGUUGAUAUAUUUUUACCUGUGUCACGUAUAUAAAACGAAACUAUAGGUAAAAAAAAAAAUAUGUAUAGAUAGAACUGAAAACGUUUACCAGUAUAAAUAAAUAUGUGAUAAUAUUAUUAUACCAAUAGGUAUAAUAACAAAAUUAUUGAGUAAUGUCCGAGCAACAUGUAAUCUACAAAUUUUAAACGCUCGUGAUUUUCCAUUAUAAUCGGCAUAAUUAUAUACUUAUGAAUAGCAUUAAAAAAAAAAAAAAUUUUUUUUUGUUAAUUUUGUAAAAAAUUAUCUAUAUAAAUGUUGAACAUUUUAAACGUUGGCGGUGGUACCUGUACAUCUAUUUAUUGUAAUAAUGUUACGAAUUACAUCCGUACCGCGAUAAUGAAUGUAAGUAUACGAGCAUAAUUAGAUUGUAUUGAAUUGUGUUUUGUAUUUUUGAAAAACGGUUUUUUUUUCAUUUACCGGUCGUUAGGUAGGCAGUUACUGUGAUGUGGAUACAGCACAAGGAGCAAACCAUAACGGGAUAAUAUAGGCAAUUUCUUAUCAUAAAAUAAUGAUAUUAUUCUUAACAUUACAUAAUUUAUUAUUGUGCACAGCAAAAAAAUCGUAAAAAUUUUACAACCUACUCUACAUAAAUCAUAAAUAUAAUAUUACAAAUUACUAAGGUCUAAGUCGUGUUUACGUCAUUAUAUAAUUUGGAAGUUCAUUUAUAAUAAAAAAAUAUUAAAAUGUAUUAACCAAUAACCAUUAUUAUUUAUCAAACGUGUCAAAUCAUGAUUUGUUGUUAUGAAUUUAUGAUAUAACACUAGGCGCAGGCACUGUCUAUAUUAAUGUUUUGUUGAAUUAUUUACUCAGUAACAUUAUUGGAAUGUAUUGUAAAAUUUCAUCGUUUACAAACUAAACAUUUUCUUUUAGAUAAGAUAUUUUUGAUAAAAUUCGAAGCAUGGUUUCUAGUAUAAAACGUAAAUUAUAGAAAUGUAAAAUGAAUGAAAUCAUUACGUUUUUCGUCGUAAUAUUACGUAUUUUUCAGCUUAUCCCAAUUAUUAUGAAAACUGCUUGGAAAAUCGAUAAAAAGACUUCCUUACUCACCAACCGUAUCCAAAAUGCAAUAAAAAAAGGUCCCUCCGAUUGGAGCAAGUUUUCUGGUACAGAACAGAAAAAAAAAGUUAAAACCAAUACAUUCCUACAACUGACAAAACUGUAAAUGCAAAAUGUUAGCGAGUAUUUACUAGUCUGUUGUUUAGUAUUUUAGUAUUUUAUUUUACUUUAAUCUUUUAUUUUUUUUCCACGAUUUUUUGUUACACACGAUAAUAAAUUAUGCAACGAUAAGAACAAUAUUACUAUUUUAUUACAAACAAUUGCCUAUAUUAGCCUUUUAUAAUUUGCUUCUUGUUUCUAUAGACGCUCGUUUUACUGGUGUAUUCAUUUUUAAUGAAAAUAUAACCUUGCGUAGCUACCUAUAUAAGAUUUUCUUUUAUAAUAUGCACGACGUAGACACAUCUUGUGCAAUGAAAAACUUAUUUACUCAGUUUGAAUAAAUGAGUUUUUUUGUUUAAGGAAAAAAAAACUUACUACAGUUAAGGCCUUUGAUGAGAAUUGUGUUAAAUUUUCGAAUAUUUCGACUUGGCCGAAAAAUUAUUUUCUCAUAAUUGAAAAAUAUUACGUCAAAUACAACACGUGAUAUAUUUAUGAUUUUCGUAAAAAUUUGAACUUUUAAACUUUUUUUUUGACUACUAAGAAAAUUACGAUGAACUUUAAAUACAAUUUUCAAAUAUUUCUAUGGAAAACUUUUCUACCAGAAAUUUUGCUCCGAUUUACAAUUAUAGCACUUGUUCUGAAAGGAAAUCUGAUUCGAGAGGAACUUUAGGCAUGAUAUUUUUUUAUUUUCCCAGGAGUUUACUCAAUUAAUGGGAAAAAACAUCGGAAAACCGGAAAAAACAUAGAAAAAACAGGAAAAUAGAUACAAUAUUAAACAAAUAUUAUUAAUGAAAAUACCUAUAUAACGUAUAUUAUGUAAUUAUUUUUCAUAGUGUGGCCAAUAUAUUGUUGACAAAGCAACACUAUUAACAGGACUCCACUCAGAAUCGUUUUUCGUUGGGUAUAGAUAUAUAUUAAAUUUCCCCUCUUCUUUCUCAACUUCUCACCUACAACAGUGGCCCACCCACAUGCGAAGUACUUCCGGUGUUUAUUUUUCCCAUUAUUAUAAAAAAAACCUACAUGCGCUAAAUUAAGGAAUGACCUCUCCAAUGCACCAACUUGAUCCAAAAUGCUAAAAAAAAGGUCGUUGUCGUUUUUUGAUGGAAGAUUUUCGGUAGAAAAGUUGUUCACAGACGGAAAAAAAAAAAUCAAAAAAAAUCGUACAUUUAAUAGCCGUAAUACGCUCAGAAUCUAAAAUGCUCAGAUUUGCAUAUUAGGUGUUUGUAAAUUUUAAAAUAUUUCAAAAUUUCAGUUUAUUCGGUAUUUUGUUUGUGUAAUAAUAUUAUGAUUAUGGUUCAGGGAUGAUGUACGACUGUAUAAUGUGGGUAGACGUCUUGACUUCGGGCUUAUAUAUUUUGCGCGCACGAGUAUGUUUAGGUAUAUUCUUGAUUUUAUUUCAAAUCCGCGGGGGGAAAAAAAAAUAAAAAAAUACAAGUAUAUGAUAUUAUUAUAAUAAUAUCGGAAAAUGGACAAUAGAAGAAAUACGGUUUGUAUAAGGGGGUAUGGACGGGACCUAUUUGAGAAGAUGAAUAAACUAGCUAUAAAAGAGUAGCGGGGUGGAACCGUAUCCAAGAUAAUCUCUCGGACAAAGACUACCUAUAUAAAAUGAUUGAUUAUUAUAUUCGAGAGCUCCUGCGGUAUAGACAAAUAUUAUGCACAAACUUAUAUACCUCGGAUUAUUAUUAUGUUAAGUUAUGCCGAUAAAAUAAUAAUAAUAAUAAUGAUAAAAAAAAAAAAAUAACGAAUUUAUUUUUUUGUUAUAGUGAUCACGCUCGAGAGGUUGUUGGUAAUCAUAUUCCCGUUCAAACUCCAGCGGUUGGAAAUGGAUUUCACCCGCGUACUAAUGGCUGCUUGCUGGCUGCUAGCUACUAUCAUUUCGGUUAUUCCUCUGCUCGACAUUCCCUAUUUCAAGUAAUUAUUAUCGCGUUCGUUUUUCCCGUUUGCUUACAUUUUAUUACAUAUAGAGAGAUGUCGCGACACGUGAUCGUUUUGAGAUUUAAAAUGUAACCCGAAGAAACUAUGACGGUAAUUAUUAUUAUAGUUGUGUGCGUUUUUUUCCCCAGCCAAACAAAAUUGUUUCGGUUAGUGAAAACGAUCCAAAUAGUUGGUACCGUAUACCAUAAAGACGCGGAUUUCUCGCACUUCGGGAUGAUUCGUACGUAGAUUAUUUGACAUUUUUUUUUUUUUUUUUUAAAUUCUCAAACAGUUUUUCUAAACGAUUAAUCAACCGAGAAUACAAAUAACGAUACAUCAGUUUUGUUGUUCUUUUGAUUUCCGACGAAAAAGGAUUUUCACCCAGGGUCAUUUUUUUUAUUGAAAUUAUUUAUCGUUGUUUUUAUUAUAAACAAUGGGUUGUUUUUAAACUACUAUUUGCAACCUAAAUUUCCAUGUCUUUCCAGCUUCUCACCUCAUACAACAUUAGGCUGGCUGUGGCCUACGUCCGAUGUUUGUCUGGUUUGUUUUUAUCAUAUUAUUUUCAUUCCUCGCCUCGUAUAAAAAUAUACGAGGAUAUCGCGUGACCGAACGAUUCGAGUGACCGAACGACUCGAGUGACGGUUAUCGUUUACGAGAACGACAAAUACAAACGUCAUAUAUUUUUUUUAAUACUUUAAGCCAUUUGUAGGGUAUUUUUUUCCUUUCUUCGAAAUCGUUUUGAUAGGUCGGCAGUAAAAAUAAAACGUUUUGAACGUUAUUGCAGUUAUUAUUUACAGAACUUAUUCGUAUAUUACUGCAGCAGUCGUUUUUUUUUUUUUAUCCCCGGGCGCUUGUUAUUUUCAAUUCAUCUAAUUAUUUAAAAGCUAUAGUCUCGCGUUCUAUUAUAAUCGCACGAGUAAUUAUCGCAGUGUAGGCGAUCGCGUAAUUAUUGCUCUUUACUAAAAAACAUCGUGUUUACGCGAAACAGAAAAAUGCAGCGCCGUUUGUAAAGUGCACGGUUUUAGAAUUUAAUCAUUAUGAUAAUUAAAAACGACGACCUAAUCAUCAUUUAUACAUAGGAUUUGACACACAGUAUUUAUUUUUAAUUUACUAAAUACAUUAAUAAAAGUGAACUUUAUUUACAAUUAAAAAAAAAAAAAACCGUGACUUUUCUAAAUUAUUGGGAUUGUGGUUUUUUUUUUCAAUUAUUUUCACUAUAGAACGUUUUAUGCUUAAUAAUAUAACGAUAUUAUGAAUAUGGGUACACACAUUUCGAAUCUCAAAAUGUUAUUAUUUUUAUCGAUGACGUCAACUAUAGUAAUAUUAUAUUUUAAUAAACGUGUUUUUAUUUUUCAGCCAUUUUUACGGACGGUCCGGUGUGUGUUUAGCAUUACACAUUACGAAGGACAAACCAGCCGGUUGGGAGUAUUCCGUUUUCAUAUUUCUAUGUACUUAUAAAUUAUACUUCCUUCUGUAUUUUUUUUAUCCUCGGUUAACUCAGUCAGUGGCGUGCUCUGAAAUUUUCGAUGGAGGGGGGGGGGAAUGUAGUAUAUAAUAACCAUGAUUUAUGAAUAAACCUACGAUUAUUUUCUUCUGUUAUAUCUAAACCCGACAAUCAGAAUUAUUAAAAAUCCAAAAAAGCCAGUUUGUAUCCAAUGUAAAUCAAGCUUUUCUCCGUGUAGUUUGGCUUUAAAAUGCGCAAUUUAAAUACAUUUUUUUAUACAAACAUUCAUAGAUCUAAUUGUUGUGUUUUUACGUCUAUAGAGUGGCAUAUAUUUCUAGCAGGCCUCCUGCGCACGCCACUGAACCCAGUGUUCGAAUUAGGGAAAAACGAGGACGGACGGUGAUUUUAUAGUUUAUAAACCGUUGUUGUAUACCAGAUGUAUGCUACAGUGACCCGCGGGGAACUCCCUGCACAAGAAGUAAAUUAAAUAAAUAACUUCAAAAAACCGAAUUUUAAUUCCGGAUUCAAUAACGAUGAUAAUGGUUGGGCUGUAUAAUAAAAUCUAUACGCUUUCAGCGAAAUAGCAUUCCUUUGUUAAUUGAAAGAGGUUGUAUACGGUCGAAUAUUUAUGAAGCAUGAAAUAGUGAUGAGGCCCCUACCAAUUCGAGCACUGGAUUUACAACAUUGUGAUACCUUUUAAUAAUAUCUUUUCAUUCACGGUCUCUACCGUUGUGAAUAUUGCGUUUUUCAGUCGUCAAUUUGGGUUCGCUGCUGUUGAUAUCCGGUGGCUACUUGUGGAUGUUCUUCGCGGCCAAAAUGACACAUCGCGCCACGGAAACCCUGAGUUCGGCCACCCGCGUCACCACACAGCGGUCGCACAAAGAAACCGCCAUGGCCUGGCGGAUGAGCCUUCUGGUGGCCACGGAUGCGGCGUGCUGGGUGCCCAUCAUAGGGCUGGGACUGUUGUCUUUGGCCGGAUUUGAAGUUCCUCCCCAAGUAAGACAGUUUAACGCAAUAUUAAACGUACAACUGCCCCCGGGAUAAAACAGCUAUACGCCGGCGAAACAAUGAUGACAACAACAAUGUUAUCCGUUUAAAUGUUUAUAAUGUUCGAUUAAAACACUGCAGACGAUCCCCGGAGUUUGGAUUAGAUUGCGCGCACGCUGUUUACGUCGCCGUAUUCGUCGUCAUCGACCCGCGUUGUCGAAAUUAAUUGGUUUCGCGGUGUGGGCACACGCGCACGCCGUUAUGUAAAAUAUAAUAUAUUGAAUGUCACCGCGUAUUUAACGUUUGGCGAACGAGCCGCGAUUUCCCGUUGUCAUUCGGUAAUUAUCCAUAGGCGUUUACGUAAAUAUUGCGGAUUGCGUGUACCGUAUGGGUGUUACGCGCGCGAUGCUGAUAUUUGCAUAGUGUACGAGGGCUAAUCAAAAAGUAUCGAGACUGAUAAUGUUACUCGGAAACCGAGCGUCGAAGAGCAAAACGAUUUGUAAACCCGACCUUCUAUGGCUUACACUGAGCACAUCUGUUCGUAUAGAGUCCCUAUAAACUUCUUCGUUUUGAUUUGACGAUAUUUUUCUGAAAUUUGUUUUUCACGUUUGGCGAUUUUCGCAAUGAACCCAAAAGGAGCGGAACUCGCUGCCACUCGAGGGCACAUUUUCAGUUUUUCAAUUGACAUUUAAUGGCAAAAACCGCGAAACGUGGCAUCCCUCCGACACUGGAAAAAAAAUGCAGACAAAUUUUUUAAAAUCUCCAAAUCGGUCAAGUUACUCUUCUUUUGGGUUUAUUACAAAAUCGCCAAACUCGAAAAAAUAUAUUUUACAAAAAUGUCAGUGAAAUCAAACCGAAGAAUUUUAUAGAGAAGCAAUAAAAACAAAUGUACUCAGUAAAAGUCAUAGAAGCAAGUGGUACCAACCCUACUGCUCUUCGAUGCUCCUUUUCCGAAUGAUACCACCAGUCUUGACACUUUUUGAUUAGCCCUCGUAUACACUAUACAGAGCGACUCUUUUAAUACGGUCCAGGGAUCGGGGGUAUCGUUUGGAGCGGAGGGAGAGGCAGGGUGUACGGUUAGUGAGAUGUACAAUACUGCUUUUCAAAUAGUCACAUUCGGCUCGCCAAAAUAAUAUCGAUUAAUGUAAUGUUUGUAAGCCGCGGAUAACAGGGUUCGGCAUUCGUGACAGGCGCACACUCAGUGGCGCAUCUAGAAUUGUUAUGUUAGUAUAAACGAUACGCAUUUUGGAGAUUUCAACUUUCAACCCUCGCCCUUAAAGCGGCGAUGUUCAAAUUUUAGCAUUUAAAUUUUUUUCGAAGUAGUAUAUUUAUAGGUACUAGUAUAUACUAUACAGUGUGUGGUAUUGUACGAGCGCGGUGUUCGGUUAGGUGUUGUAUAUCGUUUACGAAUAAUAUAAAAUAAAUAAGUCGGGAGAAAAUUUGACUCUGGUAACGGAGCACUGCCUACUGCUCGCGAAACAUUAAAUGCAAACACAUACGCGGGCCACGUGAACUGUCCCCCUCCCUCCGAUAAAACCGCUUGCAAUAGUAGAAUACAUAUUUUAACGUGGUACCCACUACUGAUGUAUACGACGCACACCCACCAUUAAUUUUCUUUGCGGUAUUGCGUUCCAGCUGUUUUAAAAAAAAAAAAAAAAAAUUAUCAUAUCAUAAAUAUUUUUACAAUAUGUAUUCAAAUAAGCCGCGCGUUACAUAAACGAAAAUGUGUGACCACAGUCGCCUCCGACGCCGAACGUUUUCAUCUAAAAAAUCCGGGUACGACACAAACCGAAUUGAUUUUGUCGUUUAAACAGAUUUCCGAUUAACAAAAUAACGAUAAUUUUUCGUAACGUAAAAUAUAAUAACAAAAUAACAGUCUACUUUUUAUUUUAUAGUGCGUAUAUAUGUACAGGACCCUAGGUAUACAAAUACAACUUUUAUACCCCGGACACUUUUGGACGUUUAAUUUAUUAUAGUUUCAAAAGUUUUACGUUUUUAAAAUACUUUUAAAUUUGACGAUAUUUCUGUACUCGAUUCAGGAUGGGUAAAAAUAAUAAUAAAACAAAAUAAAAAAAAAAAAACCAACAAUAGAUCCCGCGUCGUUUCGUAUUUAAAAACAAUAAUAGCGACAAACAAGGUUUAUUGAUUUUCACAAUUUAUAAAAAUGACAUAAAAUAAUUGGUUUGUAAAAUGUUUUUGUUGAGUAAAAAUUUAAUGAAUACGAUGGGGGAAAUGCGCUUUUUCUCGUCGGUCCCGUAAAAGUACUUGCACGAUAAAAAUUCUGCGGCAAUCGAUUAUGUGACUUUAAAUGUGAAUAAAAAUAAUCAUUAGUUAUAUUAUGUAACCUAUUACGUUUUCAAUUUAAAUUUAUUUCGAGAAAAGUAAACUGCGAACAAAUUGCAAAGUAAGCGGUGUUGAAAUGAAAAAAAAAAAAAAAAAAAAAAAAAACUCGAAUCGAAAAACAAUAUUACAUUAGCGCGACAUGUCCGGGCUGUCUACGAAACGUUUCGUGCUGCCGCUUCCGGUAUCGAAAAGCAAUCGUAACGCAACGGCAAUUCAAUCAAGUGGAGGAUGCGACACACGUGCGCAUGUUAUACAUGUACAGUAAAUUAAACAAAUUUCGAACCCGCUCGGCAUCCCAGAUUUGUUUCCGACCAUGGACCCGAAAGUAAGAAAUCUAUGAUACCGGUCCCUGGUCACCGGCAUGGCGUGUUAAAUUCGCGCACAUCGAUGCGCAAGUGUGUUAUAUUUUGGGCAUUUCGGCGCAUACCGAUGUCACGCAUACCGAACGCACGGUUUACCGAUUUACAAGCGUUUACAGCGGUUCUGUGGACCAACCGCGGAUAGUGUGUCUCUCUGUAGAUGUAGAAUGCAGAUGCGCAGAUACACCGUAUACUCGCAGCAUCACUUUAUAGUUUAUACGGUUUAAACGUUCAUAAAUCAUAAACUACACCGGUCCGAUGAUAAUAUUAAUAUAUGAUAUGCGCGGUAUCUACAUUGCGUUUUCCAGAAUAUAAUGUACAGCACUCGCCGGAAUAUAUAAAUAUUUAAAAAGUUUCCGUCACCGUUAAAUAAAAAAAAAAAAAAAAAACAAAAACAAAAACAAAAACAUAAACAACCGAUGAGAUAAAAAAAAAUAAUAUAAUUAAUAGUAUUAUAUUAUUCUAGACGUAGUACGCCCAUAUUGUUUUCAAAAUAUUUUGGCUCUCUAUUUUAGAACAAUGUUUGUGAUCUUUUUGUUUUAUUUAAGUUGGUAAAAUGUUUUCGGGCACGUAUGUAAAGGUCCUAGGGAGGGGAAGGGAUGAGUCUGUUUUUUUUUUUUUUUUUUUGAAAAACAAUUAUUAUCGUUAAAAUUAUUAUUUUUUAUAAAUAGGUAUAUGAUAUAAUACGUAUUUGUAUAAAUAUAUUAUACCUAUUGAAAGGAAAAGGGUCAUGAGUGGGGAUAUUUGUUCUCAUUUCCUCCCCGUUUGAUUGUCCCUGGGGUUAGGGACGGAUUUGAACUUUAGACCUGCCCGGGAAAAUUAAUAUGUAGCAGCCCAUAUUUGGGAGGGAGCGUGGGGGUGACCCGCAAGUAUACCCCUUAUAUAUAAUAUACUCCUUGAGUAUCUCUGGAGAUAAUAAAGACAAUCAAAAUAUUAAAUUCUGUUUUUUUUUUUUUUUUAUAUUACUCACACAGAUGAGGAUUACAUUAUAUAUUUUAAGAUGAGGCUAUUCUGUAAAGUUUAUUUUCUUGAAAAUUCUAAUGUAUCACAAAUGUUAUCCGAUGAAUAAUUUCUAAGUAACAGCCGUUUUAAAUUCUACAAAUCCGUGCGAAAACCAAUGUUAUCUAGGGAAUAACCUAAUCACGUUACGCGUUAUGUUUAGUGUGAAGUAGUUUUUGUUCUUAUCAGUACAAAAAAAAAGGAAUAAACACCAUUUUAAAACCAAUAGUUGUUGCUGAAGCCAAAUUUUUUUUUAUUAAAACAGAAAAAAUUGGAACCGUAAUCCAUCAGUGCAUUCAAAUUCGUUAGUAAACAGCCCAUCGGGAAUUUCCCGAUCGCCCGAUGGCCCAAUCCGCCCCUGCCUGGAGUUUAUAUUUGUAUAAAUCUUGACGGUUUUCCUAUAUAAUUUAAAAGUGUGUAAUGAUUUUGACCCCUUGAGUUUUACUUUUAGACAGUACGCCUUGUCUAGUCAAUAAAUCUCCGAUAUUAUUUAUUGAUUUUACAACACUUGGUGGUAUUUUUUUUUUUUCCAUAGGUAUUCGCUUGGGUAGCGGUUUUCGUGUUGCCCCUAAACGCUGCGGUAAAUCCGGUGCUUUACACGCUUUCUGCGGUGCCGAUGAUCCGACGAAACGCGGCGACAAACCAUUUCAUCAGACGAUCGACGACGAGGAUAACGAACGAUACAAAACGGACCUCCACCACCUUGAUGCCUUACUCUAAUACCCAGUGUACGGUGAAUGUGUUAUCGUAAUAACGUUUUUCGGGCGUUUUUGAUUUCGGUUUUUUGAUGACUAAACAUAUUAUUCCGAGUAGUGUUAAAUAAUCUCAAAUUCAUAAUGGAAUUGAGAAAAAAAAAAAAAGGAAUAAGAAAAAUGAUAUUAUAAUAAUAAAAUUAAUAAUCAGUACUAUUAUUAUCUAGUUAUUAUUAGUGCUUAGAAAAUAACAUUUUUGUUUGUUUCGUGUACGCAAUUCUGACUUGGGGAAUCACGAUUGCAUAUUAUUGCAGGACUUAAAAGUGAUUAUUAUUAAUGCCGCUCUUCCAUCCUCGCUUUAAGACGAUUUUGUAGGUGCUUUGAAUCCAUAUUUUUUUAUUUUUUUUUUUUUUUAUAUCCGACAUUAAGUUAAAAUAUUGACUUUUACGAUUACUGUUAAACGAGAAACUGAAAAAUGUAUUUUAUUACUUCUUUCUUAUUUCUACUUUACAGCAUUGUAUAGCUACUAACCUAUACUAUAAAAUAUAGAAUUUUGUUUGUUUCUUUGACAAAGGUUUCAUUGAAAACGGAUUGCGCAAUGUUAUUUAAUCCAAGCGUCAUAUCGUUUCGUUUCCUUUGAAACAAAUAUUCGUAUAUAUUUACAUAAUUUUUUACUAUUAUUUUAUUUCCAGUCGAAAACAAUGAAACUUACCGCAGUCGAGUCGUCUGAGCUUAUCGCAUGGAAGGAUAUUUGUACGGCCUGGGGUGUUUUUUUUUUUUUGGGAUCUGGUCGAAUGCGAUUAGUGAUCUGAUAUUCGGAUACACUCGGCUUAGAUUUAGUUCGAAAAUAGACCCCCUGGGCUCAUAAAUACAUCAAAUAUACAUAUUAUUAUAUUAUAUCUAGUAUGCACAUAUAUUACAUUGAAAAGCGUUUUUAUUUACAGUAGACUCUUGAUAAUUCGAAAUUCAGGGGAUCGAGUUGAAAGUUUGAUUUAUAGAGGUCUUCGAUUGGAAAAAAAUAGAAAUGAUUCAUUGCAUGUUUAUUAUUUAAUUUACUUUAUAUUUAUUAUUUAUUGUAGAUGUAUAAUGUUAUAUAUUAUAAAAAAAAAAAAAAAUUAUAGUUUAUGUUCUUUUACAAUAUAUUUUUAACCAAAAUCUGGUCCAUAGAUAGUAUAUUAUCUAAAGUACUGAUGGCCUUAAAAAUCACGAAUACGAGUACGAGUAAUGAUUAUAAAUCCGAAUUAUAGAUGUUUUGGCCAUAAUAUUCGAAUUGUAGAGCGCUUCAACCCGGCUCACACUUUAUUACUUUCGGUUUAUCGAGCGGACCGUGUGCGUUUUCUUUAAAAUUAUUGAGGUUUGUAUAUUGUUGAUUAUCGUUUUUCAUUUUUAUUAACACCGCGUUGUUCUCGCGUAAAAAAGAAAUCCGAUAGGGUAUUAACUGAUUGCAUUGUGGUAGUGCAUUAAUUAAUUUACACGGCUUUUAAUGCGUUUUGAUCAAUAUUUCAUGCAACUAUUAGGUUACCCGUAAUAGGCUGACGGGGUAUUUGCAAUUGAUCGCAUUAGUCAGACGCGUUUGAAAUAUUUUAUUAACGAUGACGAUACGAGUACUUAGUAACGUACCAUCAAAAGGUCUCCAUGUAAAUCGUAUGGCCUGUACUACAAUUGGAAUAGUAAAUAAUUGUUGACCCGGUGGCACAUCUAUAUUAUAAAUAAAGUGAGUAAGUUAACAAAGUGAAACUUUGGAAUUGUAAAGGGCAUUAUGUGGUCACUGAAAGACAAGCGAUAUAAUUAACGUCUACGUAAAACUUAAAAUGAGAGAGAGAGAGAGAGAGAGAGAGAGAGAGAGCAGAUAACUAAUAUCUCAUUUCCAUAAUUACUUUUUUAUUUAAUUUGACUUUAUAGCUGUUGUAUACAGGAUGAUUCACUAAGCGCACUCGCCCCAAUUUUUUGGUUAAAUUUUUGCAUAUAUUCAAAUAAUGAUUUUUGGGAUGUGUAAGUAUAGUUAAAGCCGAUAUUUUUAAAUACUUAGAUUUUUCACAACAUUUAAGUAGUCAUCCAGUGGUGAUACCGACUAUGAUUUUUCAAUUGAGAAUCUAUAUUAAAAAUUACAUACAUAGACGACGGAGUAUAAUAUUAAAUAAAUGUUGGUGUUAAAAUUAUUGAUUUUCGUCAAUCCGUUAACGAUAUAUUUCACUUUUAAGUUUAGUUAAGGGACGAGUAUUGGUGUAUUGGAGUAUCAUUUGUGUGGCGGUACGGAGCGUGACGUAAUAAUAAUGCACCAUUACUCUCCGCCGAUCCAAACUUAAAAGUGGAAUAUCUAGUCAAAUCAAAGUUGACGAAAAUCAAAACUUUUAACACCAGCACUUAUUUAAAGUAAUACUCCAUCUAUUUACGGCAUUUUUAAUACAUGUUUUCAUUUGUAAAACUAAAGUUGGUAUCACCACAGGGUACUCUUUAAAUGCUUUGAAAAAUCUAAGUAUUCGGCAAUAUCGGCUUUAACUACACUUGAACAUUCCAAAAUUCAGAAUUUGGAUAUAUGCAAUUAUUUAACCAAAAAAAAAAAAAAAAAUGAGGUGAACACGCUUAGUGAAUCAGUCUGUUUAUGUUCGUAUUGUGGUUUGUAAUUUUAUUGUAUUUCAUGAAGUUGCUAACAAAUGAGCUUUGAUUGCCCAGAGCGAGAAGGUCGGAAAGCUUUAUGUUGUUCAGGACUGUUUGAAUUUUUGAAACGGACCUCAAUCCGCAAGUGUGUCUAGUCGUGUCACUGUAGUUGUACUCGCCCACUCAAUUUGUUUGUCUUGUCUAGUGGCGGAUCAAAUGGCGGGAGGGUAUGUUAACCGACAGUUUAUUAUAGAUCUUCAUAUGAGACGAAUAAAUUAUUAUUUUUGUUAUAUUUGGUCUUAUAUAUAAAAUUGAAAGCCAGUAUUUCUGUCCGUUUGUUCGCUGUACAAAUCUACUUGUAAAAGUUUUAUUUUGAUCUUGAAAUUCAUAUUUGACAUUCACAAUAAAGUGAAAGUCUACGUUCUUGGUGGUUUACUUCAAUUUAUUUUUGAUAUUUAAGUAUUAAAAAAUAAUGGUUUAUUUAUUUUUGGUUUACCUUGGUAACAUGGGUGAAAUAAAAAAAAAAAAAAACCACAAUUAUUUGGUUGUCACAGAUAAAUAAGUACCCAUCAUUUUUAAAUGAAAAAUUACCGAGCAACAAUGAUCAUCUCUAAUACGGAUAACGUUAAGCAUGGGAUAAAUUGGAUAAUAAUUAAGUUAGUUUAUACAUAAAACAUUGUAGGUAUGCUUGUAAAAAUAGUCUUUUUUUUUUUUGCGUGUCAGUCAAUGGUAUUUAAAUUCCUUUCUUUACCCAGUAAUCAGCAAUUUUAAUUGUAUUAUCUGCUAAUUGACUUCCAUUAAACCUUUUCUAUCUUCUCUUAGUGAUAGUAAAGGACGUUCCAAUUUAGACGGUUCGAUUCGAUUUUUGCACCGCCUUCUCAUACUCGCAGUCUGAAUCUGUAAUUAGUACCCGUUUAUGUGUGUUCCCACUUCCGGUCGUAAAUUUAGUAAUAUUUGGUUUAAAAAAAUAAACACAUAUAAAAAAUAAAGAAAAAUAAAUAAUAAAUAAUUAGAUACAUUUUUUACACGAUAUAACUUUACUAUGCAUAAUUAAUGUUUUUAUUGUACAAUAUCAAACGGAAAUCAUUAAUAUCAAUUUUCCAAAAUAAUUUCCAAUGUAGGCACUCGGUAUUAUAUUGGGUGCGUUGUAUAGUUGCCGAAUGUGAUAAAUCGAAGUAUAGGUAGGUAUAAAAUAAUAGUAACUCAAAAUUAAACUUUUAACUGUAUUUCCCUCGAGGUUUAAUCCUCUAUAUAUCGUGGAUUUUCUGUGUGCCAACAGGACUUAAUCUGUGUGAAACGUUUGUAUAGUGUUUGCGCACAAAUAGUUAAAAAUAAGACUGGAAAAUGAUUGUGUUAACGCAUAAAUGUUCGUUUUGUUUUGUAUUUUUUUAAUUUCAGGUGAAACAAUGACUCUUCCGUUAAUCGCUAAAAUACAGGCGCCGUACGGCAGGUAAAAAUCGCGUUUUUCGCGAGCAAAAAUUAAAAUAACUGUCAAAUUUAAUAAACUGUUGAAGACCUCGGAGCAACAAUAACUUACAGAAUUGAAAUCGUUUCGUGACGAUAAAAUACGUUUUUACUUAUUCGGAUUUACUUAUCCGGCGUUGUUGCGCCGACAUUUUUAAUCAGCAUAUUUUUAUCCGGGAUUGUAUAUUUUGUAUUGUUUAGGAUUUAUCCGAUUGUUGUACUGAAAUUCUUAAACGAGAAAACUCCAAAUUCCCAUUGAAUAUUAUAAGUACUCACUACUGAUAUAAUUAUAUCGGAUUCAGUUUGAUUGUUGCGCCCUAAUAAAGAUUAUUAUGUUUUUCCUUUAAAAGUGCAUUUUCGAAAAAAUGAUAAAAAACUGAGUUGUUUGCAAGUUUUUGCACCAAGGUCUUCAAUUAUUUAAAAAAAAAAAAUUAUACUUUUUUAUUAUUGAUUGUUGAAUCGUUUUUAUUGUAUAGAGAAAGAUCAGAAACCGUCGAAACGGAAAUAAAUGGCAAACCGUUUGGGAAAAUGUUAUGAAACUAAAUUAGCCGGCAGUCGUUUUUGAAAAAAAAAAAAAAACGAACAACAUUACAAUUUAGUUGAACCGAUAAUAUCGUGUUCGUAUUUGAUGUACACCUACCUAUGUUCAUAAGCUCUAAAAAAAAAAAAAAGUUAUAAAUUCUGUGUGUGGAAAAUGAAUAAUUUAUUAUUACUCCCCUUGCUCAAAAUAUAUUAAAUACACUAGAGAUUUGAAAAAAAAAACCGUGUACAAAGCAAACACGAGUGAACAAUGGGCACAUUUCGAUCCUGUAUACAGGGUGAUUCUUUUAUCGUGAUCCAGCGAUUUUCUCAGAAUAUUUUAAGUAAAUUUGAUUCUGUUUUUUCUGUUUUUUCAAUCAUUGUCACGAACUGAUCAAACUUUGUUUUAACACUAUUACUCCGGCUCUCUUCAUAUUUUGAUAUUCAAACGGAAACCCUCAUAGUCACCCUUCCAGCAACUCGGAUUACAGAAAAAUAAAUAUUAAAAAAUUAAAUAUGUACAUUUAUUGUUUAGAUCAUAAUAGUAGAAUCACCCUGUGUAAUGUUACAAUUCAAUUUUACAUUAUUUUUGAGUGGUUUUUAAUUUAUCACCGUGUGGUAUCGCGAGUUUUCCAAAGGUUUUAUUAUUUGAUACUUCUGCAUGUUUUUUUUUUUUUAGUACCUACGCAACUAUAUAUGCCAAAAGGUUAAAAGUUGUGAUUUUAAAUUAAAACAUUUUUGGUUGGAGUUACGGGUGCUUAAAAAAAAAAAAAAAAAAGAAAAAAGUCCUUUGCAAUUUUGUGUCCAUCCUUGCGAGUAUUUUUAGCGACCGCGUUAAUCUAAACUACGGCCCACCUACUACCUAAUUUAAUAUUAUUAUUCAUUCGAAAUUAAAUGACGGAUUUAAUUUCAGAUUUUUAAUUGAAAUACCGCGGUAUAAAUAAAUACAAUUAUUAUUAUUAAUAAAAUGUUACUUCGGUGCGAAAUGCUCGAAGUAUACAUUAGAAAUAAAGCGAACUAUUUUUCUAAUUACUUUACUUUUCCGUUUUUAUUCCGACGAUGAAAUAUAUUUUUCUGUUAGCUAAAUAAAUUAUCGUAGGCAUCGCGCCUAUAUUUCUUAUAUUUUCUCUUUUUUUUUUUUUGAGGACUUGCCUCAGCCUUCUAAACGCACGGGAAAAUGGCAAAAUAUCGUUCAGUUGGGACAAUAUUUUAUGAGUUUUGUUUCAAUAUUAAAGUGACUUGAACCAGAGUAGUAUCGAAAUCAUAGACAAGAAAGAUUAUUUGCGUACGCACGUCGGCUUCAUUUCGAUAUUAAAUUUUUAAUAAACGAAAUACGAUUAUGCGAAAUAUUUCAAUUUAAAAAUGCCCGGAUCUCGUUUAGAAAUGAAUUUUUCGAAAAACGAACGUUCAAAUACAGAUAAUGUUCUUAACUUUAAAUUUUGUUAUAAGAUUAAUUUACUCUAAUGUCAAAACUAACAGCACGAAAUCGUUCCUGGCGCGCGGCGCAUACGGAUGUCGCAUUUUCUUUUAAACCGAUUACAUUUUACAAUAAGCGAGCAUAUUAUUAUGCUGUAGGUCUCGAUCGAAAACGUAAACGGACAAGUACACGGACACGGAGUUCGUGUACACGUGAAACACGGAACAUUCGCACUCGCGUACACUGUUAAUACACGCGAAUUUACUAUCCUUGUCCACGAGAAUACGUCAAAUAAUAACGUGAAAUGGUUUUGUUUUAUUUUCGAAUGCACAUUGGAAUACGUGGCCAACGAUCAUUCGUGUACACGGAUUUUUUUCUACACGGCUUUACAGAUUCGAUUGUCGAGUUCACGCGAAUACGUGAAAACGCGUACACGUGAAAUAACGAGCUCUAAUACCCAUAAGUACCCACAGCAACGUAUAUAGAGACAUGUAUUUUUUUUUUUUUUUUUUUGCGGGACGCGUUAAUAUUAUGUUUAGAUAAACAAGACCGUACCCAUUGUUUUCAGAAUGCUCUGAGAGUAGUGUGAUACUUUACUUUAUCGAAAAGAAAAAAUGAAUUGCGCUUUUGUAUUCGUAUAUUAUUAUAACAUUACGUUUUCACGUCCGAAUGAACAAUGUAUAUUAUUAUUAAACGCGAAAGCCGAUUGUACAUCGCGAAUUCUGUAAAUUCACCGCGCAAGUACGCGUUUUUAACGAAUAGACGACGAUUCGUUAUUGUGUUAGGCGCAUGUAGCACUAAUAUAAUAUAUUAGCAAUAGAAUUGUUAUUGUUUACUCGAUAAAUUUAAUAUUGUCAGAAACUUUUCCUAAACUAUGAUUUAUAUGUUUAAUAAUACUACAAUAUGUGUUUGUGUAAUAUCUCAUAAUAGUAAUAUAAUAUUAUGCUGUAGCUAUGUGUGUAAACGCUGUACGUUUGUGUUCGACAUUUCCAUAAUACGGAGUGGUUCAUUUUUCACCGUCAAGAAACAGCGAUUGUUUAUACGAAGAUUUCGA